GACAUUUAUUGUUUCUUUCUUGGCGCUGCUGAGCCCCCAGCCCCCUCUGUGUCUGGGUCCCACUGACUGUUGCCAUUCCGACGCUCAUCCCUCCAAGACGAGCAACAGCUCCGCGGAGUUAACCCGAGUGGACUACACGUACCUACAGCGGGCAGAGACCACUUCACGGCCGGGUUUCCCCUUCUUUGCUCGGGGCGGGCAGCAGCACAGAGAUGCGCUCCUGGACAGAGGUUCGGUGUGGGUAAAGUCAGACAGAGAAAAUGAGACUGAGCAGCACCGCAGUCACCCCGAGUGUGGAGGUAUAACCGGACCCGUGUAGCGCUCGGUUCUGCUGAAGGAUUGUGGAGGGAAUGGGUCGGUGAGGGCUCUCAUCUCAGCCGAAGACAUGAGUAUUGGAGGGGGGACAAAAAGCUCGGCUGCGGCGCUCUGUGUUUGAGUCUCCAUCCAUCCGGAGGGUCCAGUCUGCACACCUUUCUUCAUGUUGCAGAAGCCUGUUUUAUGACAAUGGAUUACUUGCUGUGGGUGUGCAGCCUCGUUGUGCCCGUGGUGCUGGCUGUUGAAGGUAUGUCGUCUUUUAAUUUUUGCGUCUACUUUAGUGUCCCGUUCAUGAACAAUGGGGCUGCUAUGGUGCAUCAGAAUUUGGCAGUAAAAACCCCUUUGUCCCCAUGAGAAACCAACGUAACCGCAAAAAUACAUGGAAAUGAACAAAAGCAAACGAGUGAUAAUUUCCUCCAGUGUCAGUCCUGUGGAUUUCCGUGCAAAUCACAGAUCAUUCGUUUGCUGCUGCUGCUUCUGAGGCUUAAAUCAGAUCAGUAAACCAGACUCCCUUCAUGUUUUGGUUAAUUAAAGCUCUUAAUAUAAAGCGGCCCGCUUUGUUAAAUGGGCAAUUCCUCUGAGUAUCAAUUUGCUCUGUGAUUGUUAUUCAUGCACACAUGCAUCAGCACUCCCCGUUCCCUCUGUGUGUGGUGUGUGUCAAAUGUGUGUAUCUUUGUGAAGAUAUUUAAGUGUUUCCAUUGCGGAUGACUGACUGUCCUGUUGCUAUUGUCCCCUGUUGGUGUCACACCCUCGAGCUGAGUGAGGAUGCCCACCUGCCCCACCUUUUUCGAGGUUAGAUUCACACCCUGGAGACAGCCCAGAGGUUCGUCCCUUCGCUGUCACCAUAAAACAGAAACAUGCCUCUCAUGACGAAGGCCAAAGGUCUGCUGGGUUUAGCUGUGUGGACACUUAAACUGAAACCCUGAGGUGGAUCAAUCGUGGCCCCUGGAGCGCUACAGGGACACACAUGAGAAACAUAUUAGACGACAAGUGUGAAUUAAAGGUCAAUGGCUUAACAAGUAAGCUGCAGCCCCUGAAGCUCUCUCUAUCACCGUGGGAGUGGUGCUCAAGGGAGAAGAAGAAGAAGCCCCCCCACCACCCACUUCUCCUACCCACCCAUCCUGGCUUUGACUCCUCUCACUGAGCUGUAGCUACAUUUCUCCUCCUCCCUUCCCGGUCCAAUCUGCCUCUCCUGGACCGUGGCCAGCCUGAUCCCUCAUCAAUUCUGGUGUCAGCGAGUAAAUCAAUGCGGCGGCAGCAGCCCUCCAAGUCCCUGUGGGCUCUGACGCCGUGACGAUUGGCCCCCAGUUUUCCCCCCAGACGAGACCACUAAGUGUUACUCAAAGCUCAGGGGUUAACUAAUGUUUGUCCUCUGAGGAUCAACAUGAAGGGCGAUGAUCGCAUAGCCUUUUUUUUUCAAAUCCACCCCGCGUUUAUUUAGCUGCUUACUCAGUGCAUUUCUACACAUGGCUCAAAUCUGGAUUUGAUUUUUUUCAGAUUGGCAAGCGUGUGCGCAUGGAUGUUUGGCUUGACUGCAACUUAGAGUGUAUUUACAAAAGCUGAUACAGUGAUGACUUAUCUCUAAUUCACACCAGCAGACUGCAGUAAAAGCCUCAGCACUUGUGACACUUUAAUGUUGUAUUACUCUCACUUACAGUCAGCAUUUACUGUACUCUCAUUUUAAAAAGCUUGUAAACUAGAUGGAUGACCACUCAGGAAGCAUUUUAUAAAAUCAUCCACAGCAUGUUUAUAUGUGUCAUUGCAGGAGAGAGUAAGAGCUUCUUUCUCAUGUUUCUUGCUUUCCUCACGUCAGAUUAUCAACGAGAGUCAUUGUUUGUCGACCUAUGAAAGCAGAUGCAAGUAGCCCUGGAAAAGAUUGAAUUAGGUCAGCUUGACUUGUUCAAAAAGAGCUCAUCAAGCGUCCAACUGAGCAUCACUGUCGGCUGUUAUCACCGUGCUUCUAUAGAGAGAGGCACGCUCCAAAAUACAAAUGAACCUUUGCUAGAAACGAGCUCAGAAGUCACAUUUUUGGAGCGCGAACACCAGACGUUUUUUUUGCACCUAUUUAUAGCUGCGUGUUUGAUCGUCCUCUGAUAGCUGAUGAUGAUGUUUGGCUGUUAAUAUUUCAUAUGUUUGCUUGUUGGCAGCGAGUGUCAGCGUCGUACAAGGCGAGGCCUCCCUUUCAUGCUGCACCCGCUCUAUUACAAAGUGAAUAAAACAUUAGCAUGUGUGAGCUCCCAGAGCGCGCUGAGAAUGCACAGUUGUGUGGCAUUUUGGCUCCGGCAGGCAAUCAGAAAAAAACAACACUAAAUGCCAUGGGUGGUGAUGCUCUAAAGUUCCCACUGCAGCAUUGUUUUCUCACCCUGGGGGCAGACCGACUCCAGCUCUGCUUUAGUUUUUACGGCAGAGGAGGGGGGCAGAUUUUUGGAUUUAAGUUAUAGCAGCCAGGCAAUCUCAGAGGUGUUGUAAAUUUGAAGGGAAGGGGGAGAACUGGGGAACAAAUGGGAUCUUUUUCAACCUUGGGAUUUAGUGAGAUGGUGAUAACACACUUCAGGUGCAGAGAGUUGUUGUCAGAGGAACCUUUUUCAAUCUGAAAUCUGAGUGUUUUAGUGCAACACAUGAACCAAGACUCAGAUGUUCGGCUUGGGGAUACACGGCCCCUUCUGUUCCCUAAUAGCAGUUUUUGAAAAAUAACACACUUCCCUGAGAAAACUGUGUUCUCCACCUCUACAGUGAGGUGAAAGGUCAUGCUGGGAAACAAAAUUCAAUGGCGCUAUGUUACUUUCAUAGAACCUUAAAAAAAAACAAUUGACAAAACUUGAUAUUCAGAAAGCGACAACAACAAAGCCAAACAAGGUCACAUUCAGAAAACAAUCCUCAUUAAGACGACUGAAAGUGAACAGAUCAUCAUAGCAGAGGGAAGACAAAGGUAUGAUUGAGAUAAAGACAGAAAAAACAGGCAAGUUAGUCAAAGAAUUCAACAAACAAAUAUAACCAGAGAGAGAAAAGGUGCUUAAAAGCUGACACCAGCAAAGCAACUCUGUAGUAAAGUGCUUAAGAAGUGAUUUAAAAGAUGGAGCUGUUUCUUCGUGCUUUAUCUCCUCGGGCAGUUUGUGUGAAUCUACGGGUGCCCUGAUGGCAAAAACACAGCCCCCUUCAGAUUAAAACAGAGUUUUUGAACAACCAGAAAGGCCCCACCUGUCGACUGCCAUCUGUUUAGUAAACCAUUUCUCCUCACUUUAGUUCUGAUACUGAUACCUAGACUGGAAUAUUGGAUGAUACAAAUAAACACCUUUAGAUACCAGUGUGAUAAAAAGUAAUACACAAACUGGUGGAAACUACAGAUGAAUAUGAAGUAGGAAACAAAAGAAUCAGCAUUUCCUUUACUGACUGGUUAUGGUGUAGAUCAUAUUUCCUGUUAACAAAUGGGACAUGGGUCAAAGUAAAACAUUACAAUACACAUCAAUUUCUUUCCCCCAAAGGUGAUUUCUGUUUAUAUACUUCGUUUCCAUCAGUCAGAUUUAUGGCCAUGUGUUCAUUUUUCUUGGAAGCGGGGUAUAAUGCCAUGAUUGACAGCUCUGUUCAUAAAUUUAGUUUCUGCAGCGCUCUGUGUAAUUUUCCAGAGUAGUGGAGGAACUGCGAGGGAGAUGUAACAAUCACAAACACCUCAGUAAUUGAACUUUUCAUAACCAUGCUGUCCACUUCAGACCCGUACAAGAUGUGAGUCGUGCAGGGCUUGACACUCACUUUUUUACCUCAGAGCUGAUGUGCUGCAGAGUCACAAUCUUAAGGGGCACAUGGGGAACUAUGGGGGUAGCUGAGUUUGCUAGACAUCAGUGCUUUCUUUCCUUUUUUUAACUCUCUUUCUCACAGCGUCUGCAUCACUCAGUAUUUCUCUAUCUGUUACACUUGAUGUUCUUUUAAAAUAACGUCUAAUAGAUAGAGGGGGGAAUCUUUCCAAAACAAUCUAACUCAAUUUGAUAUUUGAUAACUACACUCUGAUUCAGGAACAAUUCAGUCUCAUUUGUAAUGAUUCAAUUUAAAACAAAUUGAUAAAUGAAUUUGGAGUACUUAUUUUCUUAGUCACAUUUGUGAGUAGAAAAGAAAAAGAUAAUGUUCCCUUCGAAAUUGUAUUCCUGAGUUUAUUACAUUCACAAUAGACAGAAGAGCAGACGUGCUGUAUACACUGAAACAGUAAUAAGUAAACUGAAGUAUAUCACACAGUCAUGCCCAGGUGUGUCACUCUGACAGGCUGUUAGGUGAGGAAAUAGAAAAUUUCUGAAAAUGCGAGUGUAUGAAGAAAUCUUUGCUGUUUUUUACAUUUACUUUGACAGUUUUUGUUUGAUGUUACUCUGAAUUUGAAAAACAUUUCCGUCACACACUUAUUUAAAUGCUGCUCAAUGGUGUCUUGAAUCCAGAUUUCAUUUCACAAAGCCAUCACACCAAAGGACACACUGAGGUUGUAAACCGUGAGAUGAGACUGGCUGUAGAUGUUGAGAUAUUUAGAGACUUGCCAAGUUAAGGCUGUAAGAAACCAGAUUAGAACCUUGAAAUCGGUCCGUCAUCUGGUUUGUGUGACAUAGUGAUCGACUAGUAGUUGAGUGAUAACAGUUUUCCAACCGCCAAUACCACAUUGAGUAUUUUGGCUUCACUUUUUCACUGUGGGAGGAGGCAAAGACUUGUCGCCCAUCUACAAUCAGUGGUGAAAUACAGCUAUUCCUCCCAUGUUGUUAACUUGGACUACAUUACAUAGACAUGUAUCUGCUGUCAUGCUGUCUAUGUAUGCAGCUAUCAUGACUAUUAACCAGAAAACUGUUCAUUUUCUGAGGCUGAUUUUGCAUGGGAUACCAAGAGUGUAACAACUUUAAUGAACUUACAGGUACCUGAUCACAGUUAGGCAGCAUCAUGAUAUUAUAGGGACCCUUAACUCUAAAAUUAACUCCAUGAUUCUUAUCCGGCUCGACAGCUUUGUCAAAGACCAGGUUCGGUUGCUGUACACAGAACUGCUGGUGUUCAGUAUCCUGCUCAGAAAUGCUUCAGCAGGGUGAAAUCCAGCUUACACAGGGGGUUUGGACCCGGCUUACUCAGAUAUAGAACAGCCACCCUGCUGCUCUUCUGUGCAUGUGUGUAUAAAUGUGUGUAAAUGUGUGUGUGUAAGUGUGAGCUGAUGCCUGUUUUAAAGGAGCAUCAGCUCAGACCUGUGGUUAGCUGAGGAUGAGCGGUUCUGCCUCUCUUUUGCUACUGGGCACCAGGAGACAAGAGGGAACGGGGUGACGCAGCGGAUCAGACGCCCAGGGGAGGACUGGAUCAGCAGUAUGUUGUCCGGGAGUGUUCAGUCAGCUGUGCGCCUCGGAGGACUGAGUGUAGCAGAGCAAAGACAACAGUCGCUGAUUUCCCUGAUUAGUUCCUCCUCUCUGGCUCAAGUCGUGCUAAUCACUGAAACAACCUUGUUCGCAGUCGUAGAUUUGGGCUUGACAGCUAAAGUUAUUAUCCGCUGCCGCACGUUUCCUCGUGCACACAAGAAGUGAGGACCAGGAGAGCUUUCUCUAUUCAUUGAGCAGGACCUGUUUUUCUGUAUUUAAAGCUUUCAGUGAAUUUGCAUUUGCUUUCUGCAUAAAUUUAGUGAUUAAAUAAAAUACAGAAGUUAAUGUGAUCUCUGUUGUCAAAACAAGAAUGAAGCAGCCACUUACUUCUUUUAAAAUGAACGAAAAGUGUUUAUUUUAUGCACCACUUGUAAUCUGUUUAUUCAAAACCUUUUCACUUUAUAUUGUAAUCUGCCAGUCGAAGAGUUUUGCAUCGCUACUCUUAAUACUCACAGUUUAGAAAUUUAUUACAAGAUUAACUGUGUGGUCUCAGACUGAAAAUAAACUGUGACCAGGUUUUAAAGUUCAAAAGCAGACCAGUUCUUCACCUACCUGAUGGGAAUUUGAUGGAAAAUUAAAGCUACUGUUGUGAAUUUUAGCUAAAUCCAGUUUUUGGUCAAAUAAAAACGCCUGUAAACCAGGAAUACGUUUUGUUUUUAUUAUUUACGUGUAAAUAUAGUGUAUUUUAAACAAAUAAGAACUCAUUUUUUUCUAUGCUUUGUCCUGGUUUCUAUUCUCAGAAAAAAAGUAACUGCGAACUGCGAGCGAGCGUCAACUUUAGCGUAUGGACGUGAGAAUGGUAUCAAUUACCUUAUCUUACUCUCCACUAGAAAUCUCACAAGCAUUACCCUAAAAUGUCAAACUACUCUUGUAAGCUAUUGUUCCCUUUUCUAUCAAGUGUUGUUGAUUUUGUAUUGACCUGUCAAUUUUGACAUUAUUGUGAAGGGAAAUAAUAGGAACAAAAGGUUUCAUAAAUAGUUGAUCACUUUACAUCAAAAGCAUGUUGUCAGCGCUUGUCAGCUUGUUUUCAUUUACACACACAGCAGAGCUCAUUUGCAUAUAAACAAAGAAGCAGGAAGUUUUACUACUAACUUUCAGCUUCUUUAGUGACUUUGGAGUAGACGCAGCCAUUCAAAGCACUUAAACGAGGAGUGAUCACUCAUCCCUCGUAACUCUCAGUGGUAUACAGUUAAACAUGACUUAUUUAUCACAGUCUGUAGGAUUCAGAGCCGCAACAAUUUAUGACUUAGUUAAAUAAUUCAUGGGUAAAAUGAAAUGUAAUCAGCUAUUUUUUUUAUAAUUCAUGUGAAGAGCCAACUCUAAAGGCAAUGAGUUACCUUUAAGAGUCAGAUGUCAAAAUUCAGCGCUUUUGUUUAUUUGUUAAAUUCAGAUGUGAGUCUUCAGGAUAAUUUUUUCACAAAUUCAUGAAGACCUUUUCCACACUGAGACGAAAACAAUAUCUUGCCAUUUUCUUUUGAAAAAGUGUUCCGUAAAGUCAAAAUUGUUUCAGGAAAUAUCAGCAUAAACGCGAAACGUCCAAAAGGGAUGUAGUGCAUAUGCCAAGCCAGUAAGUGGCGCUGUAACGCUGCCCUAGAAAUGCACCAAAAGACAGAAGAAGAGUAAGAGCAAGCGUAUUAAGGUGUUUUGGCCAGAGUCUCACAGGCACCUCAAAAAAGUUGCACUGUGUGUGACUUAGCAGUUUAAAGAGAGAUCCGGAUAGUGAUCCACAUGGAAGCGAAACAGUAGUUGUCUAUAGAUUUAUUCACGCUGAGACCCAUUUUCAAAACAUAUCAUUUACAGUUACAGCCUGUUCACAGAGGUGGGAAGUAACAAAUUACAUUUACACUGGUCCUUUCUUGAGAUGUUUUAAUAAAUUUUAUUUGAUGACUGAAAACAUUAACGCUUCGCAUCAGCUGCUAGCAGCCAGCUGAUGGAAAGAUGUCUGCACGGAAAAAAACUAAAAUCCAACUAAACUAAUUUAACACUCAGUCAACACGUUUCAUUUCACGUAAUACAACCAUCUGUGACCUGACAUGUCUAUAUAUAAAUCUUAAUAUCUCAAGAUAUUCAAGCCAAAAUGAUGUCUUUCAAGAAACUUUCAAUGGAAGUUACCACUUUAUCCACAGGGGGCACCAAAGUCAGCACAAACAGAAAUUUCUUCAUAGAAGCUUCAAAUUACAACAGUAAGCGUAGAAAAAUAUGCCUUUGACAUUAUGGAGGUAUUUCUCACUCCCCUACCCUCAACACCAUGGGUCAAAAGCAAGUACUUACCUCAGUGCUUUGAGUAUUUUUUACUUUUACUCAAGCAGAAUAUCAUCUCAUCCUUCGUAAAAUGUCAUUAAAGUAACUGUACCUUGACGUGAGUAAAAUAUCUUCAGACUUUUUCCACGCUUAAAUAUUUGAUGCUCUAUCUACCAGUUCAAAGUGAGAAAGCCUUUCAGUCAACAAGUGAGAGUCCCGGGGAACUUCCACUAAGUCCAGUUGGCAUUUUGCUAAAGCUGAACCGUUUGUUGCAGCCUUAGUCUGAUUUUGAGGUCAGUGGUCUUUAUUCCUUAUCCUUGAAAAGAAGAGAAGUCAUGCUGUUUUCUGUGAAGAACAAACAGCCCUGACUGUAAACACACAGCUCCAGCUCAGCAGCCACAGAUGGACAAGUGAUUGUCUCACUCAAUCAAACAACUCCUUUUAUUGACACACAGAAAAACCAAGGACACAUUGUGCUUUAACUGUGCCGUCUUUAAAGCGAAACAUAAACCUACAUUAUUCUGAUCACACAACCGAGCGAAGCUGUGCUUCUUGAAAAGAGCGCUGCUGUUUGUUCCACACAGAAACAUGCUAUUUGUUUACCCUCUCACACCCUCCUUGAGCACCGAUAUCAACGACUCGCGAGCAAAUGGUGCACAGCAGGCGUCGUGUCAUUGAGUCUCCGUGAAGAAAGUGUAAUUGUUGCAGUAAUUAUGUGCUAACAACAACAGAACAAUGGGAGUCGACGCGGCCGCAGCUGCAUGUUGGGAAACCCUGUGAUGGGUGGCUUCUUCUGAAGGGUGCAAAAUAAAACUCCCCAGACCACCUCUCAGGUGACGCCUGAUUGACAGCAUGACAACAACACUCAUCGAUCUCGCUGCUGUUUUAUUCUCCUUCCUCUCCUGCGAUUUCUGCCGAACUCUCACCUCCCUGCAAAGUCGUAAACAGCUGGGGGAAGAAAACAACUGCUCACACCGCCCUUUUACUCAGAUAUGACAAAUCUGAGCAGAAAGGCGUCACACUUGGGUGUUCAGGGUGAAAACCUUUCCUCCAAACAGGAUGAAAUAAAUUUCCCUGUGCUGGUUUGACCUCUCUGAAGUGCUGCUGCUUAAUGGAAAACUUCCUACUAAAGGCAUCUCAGAGGAGGCUUUGUUCUUAGCUCCUCAAAUGAAUAUUGAAAGGAGUGCAUUUGCAAACACACACACACACACACAGAACGAGAAUUAAUUAGGCGGAAUCACAGAUAUGCCAUGAUUGUCAGUGCUUUCAAAAAAUUGAGUGCAUGUGGGUGCACAUUAUAAAAGAGGAGGGAGAGGAAGUUUUACCUGCAUCUUUUGUCGAGCGGAGGGAACUUUUGUGCUCCUUAAUGCAACAAUUUCUCCUCCUCACACCUUUUAAUUCAGCGUUGCCAACCUUCCUCCCACUCUUUGUAUUUUGCAGAAACCCUUAUGGACAGUCGGUGGGCAACCACAGAGCUGGCAUGGACCACAUUCCCAGAGAGUGGGGUGAGUAGUGUGUGUAUGUGUGUCUUUUUUAUGUGUGCUCCCUUGUUUUUCUCCCUUUAACAGCAUUUGUUCCAUUUGCUUGUUAAUAGAGCCCAGUCUGCCUUGAACAGCACACCUCCUACUGUUUUAUAUCUUUGUUUUUGCUGUGUAUGUUUGUUUUCGUGGAUACUUAAAAAACCAAAUGAAGAACACAUUGAAAAGAAGAAAUCAAAGAUUUUCUGUAUUUAGCAAAAAAAUUGAAAAGCAUGAAGACACAUAAGGUAGUUAAACAAAUGAGCGAACUCACGGAUACUCAAAGCAAAUCCCUGCAGAGUGUGAGGAUUUGAAGGUAGACUGUAACGCUGCAUGUCUCCACAGGAUAGAGAGCCUGAUAAUUGAAAGCAUGUGUCUGUGUCGUCUAUAUUAAGGGCCCAAGAGCGCAUUACGGGCAGAAAUUAAGGUUUUCAGUUGACCCCCCUGUAGGAAUGGUGAGAAAAUAAAACAACAUGAAUUUGACCCCGAGGCUAACAGCCUGACAGACCUCCCCCACUCCCGGCCAGUGUAAUUUGUCUUCGCUACGUGAGCGCAAAGUCAGUCAAUGGAAAUGGUGGGUUUCCAUGGAAACGAUCUUCAGCAGCCCUCCUCUUUCCUUUUCUCCCUACGAGGGCCGGCUCUGAAUGUCCUAGCAUCCAUGAAGUCAUAUGUCACGACCGGGCGAGGCAGCCCCACUCCUCGCGGCUCUGACAGGCCCAUACGUUCGGAGGCCGGCAAUUAUCAUAUUUGUCAGGUAGUGCAUCAACGUGUUGCUGGUGAUUUAUGACGCCUAAUGCCCACUCUUGGGCUCAUCGUUUGGGAAUAAAUUGCCCAGGAGAUCGCAGACGUGAAAUGAGUUAUGCAUUAUUUUCUUCUAGUUGAAAUAAUCAAUUUCUGGGAGACUCAUUUGUUAUGGAAACGAAGCAUUCAGUCCAAGAGGGAAUUAAGGGGAAAAAUCAAAAAAGAUUGACUUCUCACAAGGUUAUUCCUAAUGGACUAAAUUUAUUGACCAAUGAAGCCAUACAUCAUAUCCUAUUAAGUUAGCUGAAACAUGAAAAGAGCGGUGUUAACCACAUACAAAGCUUUCCGUAGAAUUUCUUUAUAUGAACACAGGCAUAUAAAGAGUUUGCUGUGUAAUUCUCUAAGUACAUGAUGUAAAAAUAUCCACUCAGAUGCAAAAAUGCCCUCCCAGGCUGUAUGUGUAGGCAUGAGAAAAUAUAUGUAUUACAAUAUAUUUUCCACUAACCUGAAGUGCUCUUAAGAGCUGCCACAGUGCAAUCACACUGACAGCACUGCAUUUAGAUUGGCAUUUUAAUAAAUAACUCACUGUUUGUAUAAUAGGUAUAAGAGAAAAUAUACAGUUUCAUGCUCUCGUCCCUGUCAGUGCAAAUAAUAAAUUUAUAUGCUAUAGAAACCAAAUCUCCUCUGGAGGCAGUUUCGAUUGCACUGCAGCAGCUGCAGAGGUCUGCACUGCCUAGAUGUGAGUCUGCAGUUUAUGUAUCAACCACUGUACUUGCACCAGCACAUCUGUAAUGAUCUUCAACCUGCAGACAUUCCCUCCAUCUUCAAACCUCAAGCAUGUGAUCAGCAUCAGAAUUGCUCGUCAAACAGGCGUGAAGCGUGAAAUGCGUCUUAAUGGGAAAAUGUUUUCUAUUAAUAGUCUGUAAUGAUGGGAAUUUUCUGAAUGAUUCAUGCAAUUAGAAGCAUUUUGGCAGCGAAUUAUUCCUCGCAGGCCGCAUGUACACAAUAAACACGGCGAGGACGUGCGCUACGUUUUGAUAUUCUGUGCGUGUCACUCCACUUGUUUGCUGCUUUGAAUGCCCUUUAUGCUCGAACAGUUUGUAUUAGGAUGCACUGCGUUUAACAUUACUCAGGAUUAAUUAACAACAUAUUGGAUGAGUGGGGUUCUGCUGUGGCUCAGUUGCUGUUGAAUAGGAAAUAGAACAGUUGUCAAAUAAAGGGAACACAUUACAUAAUCAAUGACAUUUAGCCUAAUUUUAGUCCGUCAGAAGAUUUGCUUUAUCACCAUUUAUCUUUGCAGGAACAAUUUCAAUUCUUAGGUCAGACUUCAAGCUAAUAAUAAUGCUCCUCCUCUACUGUUGUGGUAAAAUGUUGAGAAAUGUAGGUAUAGACAAACAGAUUGCCUACAGUUUUUUUAGACUUACAUGAAACUGUCAUCAAGUCCCAUACUGCCAUUGUUAAUUCAUUUCCAUAGACCAAUUGACUUUUUCUUUUUUAGAGGGUUGGCUAAUGAGCAGGGAUGGGUGAUGUUUAUCCAGGUUUAACUCUAAUAACUGUUAAUUUAUUUAUUUUUAUACAAUUUAUUAUUUAUACAAGUCUAGUUUGACAUGUAACCCAAACACAUUAUAUUCAUAUAGAUCCAUAUAGAUUACUUGCUCUUGCUCAAUUUGUCUGUGAUCAUUUUACCGUGUGAGAGAGCAGGUUCUUGAUCCCUCUUCCUCCUCACAGUAUGCGAUCUCAGUGUGAACGCUCCCAGCGAUGGUAAUUUAGGCUGUUUUUAGUGAUGUGGAUCAUUUGGCUCAGCAAGGAUCGGCUCUUUUGGGUCCCAAACGACUCUUCAUAGAAUUGAUCAUCUGCAUCAGCUGGCUUUCAGAGCUGAGUCAUUUGCGUUUGGUACACUGACUGCUACAUUACUGGGCUCCCAGUCUGGUUAGAGCUACAGUGCUGCACUAAAGUCAGGUAACAUAAUAAUGAGUAAAAGAGGUACAGACUUGUGCUUAUCAGCGAUGGGAUGAGAUCAGUGCUGAAAAUACCAGUAAUGCUUUUUAGGCAACAUCAGAGUCCAAUACCAAUACUAGUAUCAAUAAAGGUAUUGAUAUUGAUAAAUAUAGUGUCAUUGGUAUCUGCUUCGGUGCUGGUUUAAUUAUCAGUUUCCAUACUGUUAUCAGCACUAGUAUUGGCAAUGGUAUCAUUUUCAGUAUCUUCAUUGGUUGUGACAUCAGUAAAGAUGCUGAUACCCUGUUCAGUAUUAGCACUAGCACUGGUAGAAGUAUCAGAAUCUAAGCUGGUACCCUUGUGGAUAUUUUCACUGGCAUUGGUUACAGUAUCUGUAUUCGUAUAAUCUUAAGUGUCUUGACUGGUAUCAGUCUCGAUAUUGGUACUGGUUUAGUAUCAGUAUAUGUGCUAGUAUCACUUCAAGUGUACAGUUUGUACUGUCGUUUGUAUUGAAAUAGGUUAAGUACCAGUAUCGUUACUGGUAUCAAUACUGGUGCUGGUAUUGGUAUUGGUAACAGUAUCUCUAUUGGUAUAAUCUUAAGUGUCUUCACUGGUAUCAAUAUCGAUAUUGGUACUGGUUUAGUAUCAGUAUCUGUGCUACUAUCACUGUAAGUGUGCAGUAUGUACUGUUGUUUUUAUUGAAAUAGGUGCUGGUACCAGUACCAAUAUCUUUACUGAUAUCAAUACUGGUGCUGGUGCUGGUAUUGGUAACAGUAUCUCUAUUGGUAUAAUCUUCACUGGUAUCAGAAUCAAAUCUGUAUCAAUAUUGGUAUAGAUAGUAUCAGUAUCUGUGCUAGUAUCACAUUGAGAUGAUCUUUAGGUGCAGGUAUUGGAGACAGUGUCUGUAUUGGUAUCUAUAUCAGCAUUGGUCCUAGUUUUAAUUAGUGAUGAUUGUGCCUGUACCUGUAUCAGUAUUAGACAUCUGUAAUGAGCGUUUUCAGUCUGUCUACUGUUCCUUUGUCAUGUUGUCUCUCUGUUGUCUCUUUAGUGGGAAGAAGUAAGCGGCUAUGACGACUCCAUGAGCCCCAUCAGGACCUAUCAGGUGUGUAAUGUCAAACAGCCAAACCAGAACAACUGGCUGAGGACGGACUUUAUUCCUCGUAAGGGUGUCCUGCGAGUCUACGUGGAGCUCAAGUUUUCUGUGCGUGACUGUGCCAGCAUCCCUAACAUCCCUGGCUCCUGCAAAGAGACCUUUAAUCUGUUUUAUUACGAGUCAGAAGGGGACGUAGCGACAGACACCAGCCCACUGUGGAGGGAGAACCCCUAUGUAAAGGUGGACACCAUCGCCCCAGAUGAGAGUUUCUCUCUGCUGGAGGCGGGGAGGAUCAACACUAAAGUACGCAGCUUCGGCCCCCUCUCAAAGGCUGGAUUCUACUUGGCGUUUCAAGACCUCGGUGCCUGCAUGUCUCUCAUCUCCGUCAGGGUUUUCUUCAAAAAGUGCUCCACCACCAUCGCCAAUUUCGCUGUCUUCCCUGAGACUGCUACGGGGGCAGAAGCCACCUCCUUAGUGAUUGCUCCCGGCGCCUGUGUCACAAACGCUAUGGAGGUUUCUGUUCCUCUGAAGCUCUACUGCAAUGGAGAUGGUGAGUGGAUGGUUCCCGUGGGCUCCUGCACCUGCGUCGCUGGCUUUGAACCUUCUGCAGACGACACGCAGUGCCAGGGUACGUGUGGUUAACAGACAUUUGGACUUUUAUUUAACCAAACCUCUUUAUAUGCUCCAUGCAAGUCACCUCAGUGUGUGCCCUCUUCUCUGCAUUUAUUGUGUGGCUCCUGAAAAGGGGGGUGAAGGAGGGUGGAGGAGAGUAUGAAUUAAUGAGGUGUUGCGGAGAGGAGCAGCAUACAAAUAUUGUGAGAGCGGGAUGGGAGGGAGAGAGAGGGGCAGAGAUAGCGUGGAAGGCACAAAAUCGAGAGCCAGAGAGGAAAAUGCAGAUAAUAGAAGGAAAAAAGGAUUCCAGAGAGGAAGAUUUGAACAGAGAAAGAGAGAUAGUGUGAGGUAAAAGGUGUGAAAUGUUUAAGAUGGGAUGGGAACAGCAGCCAAAGGGAGAAGAAUGAAAAGGGAGGGGGAGGGGCUGCUGCAGACAGACAAGCAAAGCCUUCUCUCACCUGGGCGUGAGAAAUAGUGUCGAACACGCGCUAGAGAGCUCAUUCGUUGCCAUUUGGCGGCUCAAGGUUAAAAGCUUGCCGCCAAAGCCUGAUAAAAAGCUCUCCUGGGCUUCAGCGAGCCGCCGCCGCGAUGAGGAACUGUAAUUUCCUCCGCAGCCUCCCGUUAGUUAAUCUACAGGCGGCCACACUCAUUAACACCAUUCAGACCAACGUGAGCCAACACUGCCACGCUAACAUUAAUCACGGUGACGUUUUUCAUUUCUUACCUCGGGUCUGGUCGAGCUCGUAGCCAAACGCCGCGUGAGAUGAAGAGAGGGCAGGAGGAAAAGGAGGAGGAGAGGAGGAGACAACAGAGGAUGGGAGGAGAGGAAAACACUUGUGUAUCAAGAAAGAGAGAAUAAUCGUGUGCUGCAAAGAGGAUUGAUGCCAGAUCGUGCGCGGAUUGAGCGAGAAAAACAAACAGAUAAAAGAAGAGGGUGAUGAUGCGCUGUGUAAGAGAGGAGAAAUAAAUCAGAUGAGAGAGGGCACAGCCUAAAGGUCUCGCUGAAUUAUAGAAGAAAAAAAUCGGAGGCAUCCUCAUCUUAUCAUCUUUGUCUUUUUAUCGCUCGGGUUUAGAGCCACAACGUCGAACCAUUAGCUGUGCAGAUUUUCCUAAAAGUGCUAUUGUUGGGAGUUAAAACCUAAAGACCACUUAGCCUAACUAGUUAAUCGCUCCCUCUCUCUUUCUCUCUCUGUUUCUCUCACUGCCGGAUCCUAGGAGCCCUCAUGCUGACAGGACAGAUGUUUGCCAGAGACCCCACUUUUUUACAGCACCAGUUAGGAAUGUGGCAAACAGUAAAACAUGGGGCUCUGGAGGCGGAUAUAUCCCGGCCUUUUUGCUGCUAAUCCCCUUUAUCUGAAUCCGUCUUUAGUCUGGGCUUAUGCUGGUUUAUCCUUAAGACUCAAUAUCAGGCAACCUUCAGCACGACACUUUUGGAAUUCAAAUUAAUCGCUUGGACACAUCGUGUGAGACUACCAUACGCUUUGUGUAUAUCUCCCUAACUACUCUCCUCAGUUAAUUUGCGUCCACUCUGAUGCCCAUUCAUUUGAGUUGAUUUAUUGGCUUAUGAUGGAGCCCUUCUGCAUGCAUGUGGACGCCUUGUUUGUAUGCAGCGCUGCGGUUUUGGACCCAACAGACGCUGAUUGAUGGGUUUAGGGUGUAUCCCUCAUCUCCGAAAGCAUUCUCCAUCCCUGUUUGUCUGACAACAGCAAUCUCCUGUCAACAGUCUAUCUUCAUCUUUAUCCUCCUUCUCCUCCUCUUCAACAUGAAACUUAGCUGUCAGCCUGACUCUCUUUUAGGAGAGAUUAAUGUCACCUGCAAAAGGGAGCGAGAACGAAAGAGCAGAUGCAAAUGUAUAGAUAAGACCUUAUGCUGGAGUGUGUACCAUUUUUUUACAUUUUAUCUGCGUUUCCUGCGCAAAUAUCUGGCUUUGCAGGUACUUCAAAGGUACAGUUAUUGUUGCAUGGCAGAUAUGACAGCCGCUUGUCUUUGAGAUAAGUGACAGCCUGGUGUUUGUUUUUCUCCUUCUCCUCUUCUCAUUGUCCUUUUUUUUAUCUCCUCUUCCUCUCAUGCAGCUUGCAUCCCUGGGACCUUCAAAUCUAAAUUCGGAGAGGGCUCCUGUUCCCCCUGCCCGUCCAAUAGUCGCACCAGUGCACGGGGAGCCAAUAUUUGUCCCUGCCAGAGUGGUUUCUACCGGGCUGACAGCGACCCUCCUGACUCAAACUGCACCAGUAAGUCAUCCUCCACUGGACAGAAUCAAAAGAAAUCCUCGGUCUUAUUUUUGAAAAGUAAAAGAAACUCACAGUAAAAUAGCAGUGCCAGGCUGAAUCUACCAAUGUGUCUCAACGUUUCUAAUGUCAGUCACCUAAAGCAGACAUUACUGAACGACAUUUGAGAAGAGAUUGGUUUAAUGAAACACCUGAAUCUGCAGGUUGACUUUGCAUUUCUGAGCUUUGGAGGGAAUUUGAGCUCAUUAUUUUAUUGCAGUUUUGUUGUGGUUCAUUCUCGCUGCUCUUAUAGCAUGGUCUAGGCUGCAGUAGGCAAGUGUUGACAACAAAAAAACCCACUAAAACACCUUCUUAUGUAAGCUACCUGCUUAACACCAAACAGCAAACUUUCACAGUUAUGGACUCGCUUGUAAACAUGCUGAAGCUGUUUGCAGCCAAAGCAUUAGAUACUAUGUCUCCUGGGAGUUAAAGGAAACCAUAAAUAGAUGGUAAAGUAUAGGACUUCCCAGUGAGCUCAAACUGGGAUUCCAUCAGUAAAAAUCUGAAUGAGCUCUUCCUCUCAACUCCAUUCUAUUCUAUUCUCAUCUAUUUCUUUUCUAUUUCUUAAUCUACAACUAUUCUAUACUUUUCUAUGUCUAUUCUUUUUUGCUGUGUUCUGUUCUGUUCUAUUUCUUUUCUAUUCUGUUCUAUUUAAUUCUAUUUCUAUUCUAUUAUGUUUUAAUUCUAUUCUGUUCUAUUCUUAUUCUAUUUUGUUCUAUUUCAAUUCUAUUCUGUACUAUGCUGUUCUAUUUUUAUUUCUAAUCUAUUUUGUUCUAUUUCUCUUUUAUUCAUAUCUCUACUCUAUUUUAUUUCUAUAUCUAUCUCUAUUCUAUUUAUAUCAAACUAUUUUAUUCUGUUUUAUUUCUAUUUCUAUUCUAUUCUGUUCUAUCUCUAUUCUAUUUCUAUCUCUAUUCUAUUCCUUUCUGUUCUAUUUUUAUUUCUAUUCUGUUCUCUUCUGUUUUUUUUUCUAUUCUAUUUCCAUUCUAUUCAGUUCUAUUUCUAUUCUAUUACUAUUUCUAUUCUAUUUUUUUCUGUUCUAUUUCUAUUUCUAUUAUUUUUCUUUUCUAUUCUGUUCUAUUUCUAUCUCUAUCUCUAUUUUAUUCUAUUUCUAUUCCUAUUCUGUUUCUCUCUCUAUUGUAUUCUUUUCUAUUUUAUUCUUUUCUGUUCCAUUUUUAUUUCAUUUCUAUCUACCUCUCUAUUCUAUUCUAUUCCAUUCUAUUUUAUUUCCAUUUCUGUUCUAUUUCUGUUUUAUUUUUAUUUCAUCUAUUCUAUUCUAUUCUAUCUCUAUCUCUAUCUCUAUCUCUAUUUCUAUUUCUAUUUCUAUUUCUAUUCUUUUCUAUUCUAAAGUUCAGGACCUUGAUGUUCGCGUUUUCCAUACGCUAAGUUUCCAUUGUGGUUUUCUGACACUUUUUCGUUUAAAAUGGAUUCUUGUUGAAACAUUUUGUGUUUUCAAAGAGCUUCAGAGAGCUGAAAUGAUAAUUGUGACAGAAUCCAUCUAAAGUCAGCCCCGGUUGUAGCUGAAAUCCUGCCUGUGCAAAUACAUCAUUUCAAUACCUCUGGGAAUAUAAUUCUUUUUUUUUGUCUAAAAUCUUACACCGCAGGGAUUCACAGGCUGUUUGAUGUGAACCAGAAGGUUUAGAGACGUGGUGAAGGGACCACUUUCAAAUAAGAGAAGAAGACCGCACAUGCACAGUCCUCACCACAACAGCUACAACAGCUCAGUGUCAACCUCUCAGUGUUAGUGAAUGAAUUGCUGCAUGUUGACGAUGUGAAGAGCUUUAUGUGAGUUGGGGAUUAAAAACCAGCUGCAGUUAUUUGCAUGAAAUGUAUGAUGAAUCUUGCAACAGCAGGUUUUUUAAGUUAAAUGUUCAUUAAAUAGGGAUCUACAGAGAGUCAGUGAAAAUCGUUCAGUUAUAAGCUUGUUUUCACAUCUUUUUUGAGAGCAGAAUUCUCACUGGGUUGGACAGAUCCAAAGUUCAAAUCCUUGUCAUUGAAUUAGUGAUUUAUUGCAAAUAAAAACGUCAUUACAAAGCGGAUAAUUAGUCUCUAUUGUAUCCAUAGAUUGUUUAUCACCCCCAAGAGACCAAGAAAAAAAUGCAUUCUCAGAUUCUCAUCUGCUUGUUGGACUGGAGUAAUAAGAAUAGUUUGAAUAGAAAUAAAAGUAAGAGGACUUCACAGUUUGCCAACUGGAGCUCAGACAUUGUUAGUCAGAGCUUUUUGCCUUUGAUCCCAUCUGUGUUUGAAACUCCCACUUUUCAAGUGAAACACAAACUUAACAGCAUAAUUAGUCCUCCCAAAUGUUCAAUGUCAUGAAGGGACAGAUGUCUCAAAUGUCACAUAUUCAGCUCUGUGUGCUCCAGUGGAAAAACAGAAAACACCUCUCGCAUUAACGCUGAAGGCAGAUCAGCUGUAACAUUCACAAGUCGCAUCUAGUUUGAGUGCUUGCCUUAAAAAGUCGGGCAAACGCAGUCAGUCAAACCUCCACACAAAGUUGUGAGGCUUAAAAACGGUUUCUGGCAAAGAGUUUGAUCCUCUUUAUUAAAAUGUAAAGUUAUGCGCCAUAGCUGCACCAUCUUUUAGCCGAUAAGCCCGCACAAACAACUGAGGAGAAUUCAUUACUGAGUCAAAAUCCAGCUGCAUCCGGGCGUUUCUGACUAGUCGUGUCUGGAGCUCAGACCACAUCAUCCAUGCUUGUUCUGCGUGUCCAGACCUCAGAGAGAAGUCCCAGCCGUCCUACUGAUGGAGAGCGACAUGUGCUGCCUUGACCGUGUAAAAUCACCCCCCAGGGGCCUUUCGCCACGUUAAAUGACACACACGGACCGCAACUGUCUUCCCCAGAUCCUUGUCACAGGAACACUGUGGACGCUGACCAGUGCACACAGACAGGCGGGCAGAGACACAAGCACCACCUUCAAACAAACACACACACUAACACAAACACACACAGGCAUGACAGCUCCGUCCCUGCGGUCUGUCAGAGUUUGUGCCAGGCAGCCUGUGCUUUGUGUUUGGAGCGCUGUGUUGCACAAGAGCGGCUCAGCCAGUCAAUGGCCGGCAGCUUGGGCUCAGCGUGUGUUUUAGACGGGUGUCCAAUUAGAGGAGCCUCCACUCUGAACUGUACAGGCCUAAUUAGAAAGGACAGGACGAGUGAAACAUGGCUCAGGGGGAGCUGAACUUAGAGGGGAGACAGUUUUGGACAACAUGUACUGACGGCUUGAGAGUCUUCUACUUCUUCUCUCUCUUUCUCCCUCUUUUCCCCGCUCUGUGACAGGUCAGACUCUCUGCAGCUGGAGGCUUAACAGUAGAGCCUUCUCUCUUCUCUCUCGCUGAAAUAGGAUAAAAAAUGAAAAAAAAAUCUCUGUUGCCCCCCCCUCUGCGGUUAUCACACUUUAUCCAGGUUUCAAACACUCUUUACUCAAAAACGCCCUGCUGCCUAUUGAAACAUGGAGGACUUUACUGGUACAAGAACAUGAAUUUCUAUCAAGUGUGGAUUAGCCGAGUCCCACCAGCACCAUGGAGGGUUUCACAUGCAUAGAAAUGGAGGUGGGUUUCAGAGUGGAGCCAUGUAGGAUUGUGCUUUUCAUAAAGGAACAUUACUUAGUGAUGAACACUGGUGCUCUGCCUCUGCAUGAAAAGUUGUAUUUAUGCGUCUCUCUCAGGAUUUGUUGAUUUAUUUAUCAGCACCAGGAAGGAUUUCUCCAAUUGUUCUGUUUCGACAUGUCUCCAUGCCCUUUUCUCCCUCUGAAGGAUUAGUUUGGUGCAUGUGAAGCAAUUUCAAACUUUUAUUUGUGCAAACAGGAUUUUUAUGAAAAGAAUAGGAUUAGACUAUAAAAGAAAAGCACUUCCUGUCAUUUCCAUUUUAGAGAGAUAUUAAAACAUUAAUGCGCCAUAAAGGGAGGAUAAUGUAAGCAUUAGAACAAGAACGGCCGAAAUCUCAGCUGUGUGCUUUUCUCUUCUUCCUGCCCACCUUUUUCAAACACCUACGUGUGACUGUGUGUUUGUGUUUGCGCAGCGAUCCCCUCCGCGCCUCGCAACGUUAUCUCCAGUGUGAACGAGACCUCGUUGUCCUUGGAGUGGGAAGAGCCCGAGGAUACGGGUGGGAGGAGCGACCUGGUCUACAACGUUGUGUGUAAGAAAUGCCUGCGGGACCGGAGCCCCUGCACACGCUGCGAUGACAACGUGGACAUCGCUCCUCGCCGCCUCGGGCUGAGGCAGAGGAAGGUGGUUGUGAGGAACUUACAGGCUCACACGCGCUACAGCUUCGAGGUGCAGGCUGUCAACGGAGUUUCCGGGAAAAACCCCACUUCGCCAAGUUACUCCACGGUCAACAUCACCACCAACCAAGCCGGUUAGUAACAGAAGAUCAGUCAGUGACACUUAAUGUGUCCACAAACGGAGUUAAUUCUUUGGGCAGGUCCGAUCAAUACUACUUAACAUCAGGAUGGAGCAGGCUGGUUAGUGUAUCCUCUACUCCGUCAGUGUCGAUGAGUGUAUCAGUGAGUUUCAGCAACCAGAAUAGUGUUUACAUAUUCAGUUAACGCUGCUGGACAACCUUAGAGAGAGCGACAUGUAAAAAAAAAAAGAACAGUCUAAGAUUAUUAAAGGGAACCACAGAAACGGGAGAUUAAAUCAUAAAUAUAUUCCUUAUCUCCACUGUCAGCACUCUGUCAUCCAUGACCGUCAGUGUCACCUUUCAGCACCUCCUCUAAAUUCCUGCAGUGUCAUCAUCAUACAAACUGCUCAGCACCUUUCCACCGACUAUAAUUACUCUCCCAGUUAACCUGCACUUAAUCCAGCUUUUUAAAUUUAUGGACCCAACACAAUGACUGUCAAUUGAGUCCCUUUCAGGCCUCACUAAUCAAUAAACUGCAGAGCGCUGAAGGUGAAACAUGUUGUGCCAUUUUCCUUAAAUCGUUGGAGUUAAAAUAUUUUAAAUAACACGAUCUUAUCUGGUUGGUUUGUGACUUUGUGGAAGAAAUUCUAUGCAGCUCAGACUCUGAAGUGAAUUUCCAUGACUCUAAGUGUAACCUGUGUCCUCUCUGAUGUCUCACCGCAGCACCUUCAGCUGUGCCCACUGUCCAUCUGAUGCGCUCCACCUCAGAUACUCUAAGCCUGUCAUGGCUGCCGCCUGAGAAACCAAACGGGGUCAUCCUCGAUUAUGAAAUUAAAUACCAUGAGAGGGUAAGCUCCCACUUUUUUUUUUUUAGCUGUUGGAUUUAUCUAGGUCACAGUGCAUUCCUUAUUCAGUCUGAACUUUUCCAACCCUGUUACUAAAAAAGCCUUUUUGAGGGUGCGGAGAAAUGAAACAUGAUUUGUUUGGAGGAUGGGUUCAGUCCAGAAACGUCUGUUGUUGGAGAGUACUGGCCGGGCAGACUUAGAAAACUGGUGAUGUAAAUGCUGCAUCACUGGUAUCGAUCCAGCUCCCUUGUAAAGCCCUGAAGAUAUUUUAUGCAUUUUUUAUUAGAUUUGAUGGUAAAAACUUGGACCCUUCGAUCCUUACAGGCUCUGUAAGACCAAAAACAAAACUGCAUUAAAGAAUGAAAGAGUCCGCGUCUCUUUUAGUGAAAGCAACAAGUCUAAUUUUCUUGACUGACGGUUGACUGAAAACCAAGAAAUUAAACUGGAGCUCCAGCAGCUGUUGAUUAUAAAAGAACAAAGCCAAAACAAAUACUGAAAUCUGCUACCAAACAAGCCGAGAACAAAAAGGAACAAAUUUACCCAAAUCGUCUGAAAUUACUUUUAAUUAUUCUAAACAAUAAGAAGUUUUGAAGUAGCAGUGGGGUUCACGGGUACAUUUGUUUUUUCGGCAACAGUUUUCAAACAGCGAGAUCACUAUGGGUGAAAACAAGGUUGAGGAGGCUGCUAAACAAUUCGUUUUGUUCGUUUUUUACACAGUUAGUAGUGUAAAGGUAGAAAUAAACAACUUAUACAUCUGUGUGUGUUAUGUAUGUUUUCAAAAUGUAAGCAUGCUACUGUGUGUGACCCAAACCUAUGGAAUUAAGGACACUAAUGUUUAACCCCAAGAACAAAAAGGGCUCCAAUGUCAAAAUUGAGACCCAACUAAAAAUGGCGCCCACCAUAAAAUUUCAAAUAGUAAGCCUCGCUUCUGUGUGUGACCUAGACCUAUAGAAUCAAUAACAUCUAUGUUGGACCCCAAGAGGAACAAAAGGGGGAGGCAGUCCACAGAGGUGGUGGCACGACACAGCUCAGGCCCGUUGGUGCCCUGUGGGGUGCUAGUAUAUCUUUCUUUUUCUGGGGGAUGAUUUUCUUUAAACUUUAUUUUUAAGUACAGAGUUUUAACAUUAAAUAAAGAACACAACAUAUAAACCAGACAAUAUAGAACUUUCAGGGCACCGAAGGAGAUAAGGUGUGGUGUACCAAAGACAAACAAAGAAACAUAUAAUAAUAUUGCUCUGUGUAGCAUACCAUUACAGCAAACCAUCAGUGGGAGGCUAUACUAGUUUAAAGAUCGCCAGCAUUUGCUAGCCUGGGCCAGAGAUCAUCAAAACCCAACUCUUACUUAAAUAUUUCUCAGUCAGUAAAUAAAAGGGGCUUUUAUGGCUUUUGAACAUUUCCUUUAAUCGGUUAAAGGAAGACCCUCGAUGUGUUUGUUUUUUCUUUUUUUUUAAAAAUGUUGUAUGAAAAAAAUCGAUACAAAUGAAGAUUGAUUGAUCGAAAGCUAAAAAAACGCACAGUGAUGUGUUUGUUAAUUAGUGAUCACUGUGGCUACUUUAGACAGUUAUAGAAAAAUGUUAAUGAUAAAUGAUGAAUUUAAUAAAGUUUGCAAGAACAUAAAGUCCAAUAACUUUGGUUUGAUUGACACUUUGAGGCACGGAACAAUAAAGUUAAAUAGCAUAAACUUACAUUAUUGAAAAUCCACCAGGAGUCUGUUUAGAGUAAGAAAAGCAGCUACAGAAAAAUAUUCAAUUUCCUGAAAAAACAAAGUAGAAAUAAUCUUUGCUCUUCCACAGUAAUUGUUUGUUAAUGUUAAACUUUCUUUUUUCUUCUUUUUUAAUUUAUCAUAUGAUGCCAAUGGAGAACUAAAACAUUGGUUUUUCACGCCGCUGUUAUGAAGAGUAUCAGGAAACCCCUCAUUCUGCGGCUCUUAUGUGUCUUUGUUGGUUUCCAGGGCCAGGUGAUGUCCCACACAGUGACAUCCCAGCACAGCUCAGCCAAGGUGGAGGGGCUGAAGGCCGCUACGCCCUAUGUGGUACAGGUCAGAGCUCGCACUGUAGCUGGAUACGGACGCUACAGCAAUCCCAUGGACUUCAGCACCAGCCUCCACAGUACGGACAAACUCUCCUGCUUCUAUCGUGAUCUUGACGUCGUGCUGCUUUAGCUCUCUUAAUGAGUGUUCCGGUUUAGUAGUUUUUAUGAGCGCCUUGGUCGUUCGUCAUUACACAUGCAGCACAGGCCACCCUUUAAUCUCUCAGGUGGGGCUCCUGGUGUUAUUUACCCCUGUGUUUCUCUGUGUUUUUCCAUCCAGGUGACCCUCAGAAGUCGGUGCAGGACCAGCUGCCUCUCAUUGUGGGCUCGGCCUCUGCGGGUCUGGUGGUCAUUGUAGCCAUGGUGGUUAUUGCUGUUGUCUGCCUUAAGUAAGUGUUUGAUAUUUAUGGCUGACAGCCUGAAGUACAUGUUUCAUUUUGUUCGUUAGAGCUUGAACAAAGAGGCUCAUUAAAUUUUAACAUGCUUUCAGAGGGUGCAUACAAACUCUUUAGCUUCAAAAAAAGAAACUCUACAGAGGAGAAAAAAUCCUGCUCCUCUGAGAGUUUCCUCCUGUGGUUUCAUCUGAUAGUCGAGUCAGAUGUUAGUUUCAGUCGCUGUACCUGAAAAUGCUCGGGUCUGAUGAUGUGAAUGUGACUUUGUUUUCGUGCCGCUUGUUUACAGGAAGCAGCGCAGCGGCUCGGAACUGGAGUACACGGAGAAACUGCAGCAGUACAGUAAGUCUGUGUGUUCAGUCUGGGAACUACUGCUUGUGUGUUCAUUUGGUCAUGCCUGUGCAGUUAUCCACCUGAUUUAAUCAAUUAUCCAAUCACCUGAUUGAGGCAGGACUAUUUCCCUAUUAGCACACAGGAAAUCCUGAGCGUACUGUCUGCAGCAUGUUUGGCAUAAAACUCCUCUGUUUGUGUGAACUCUACAGUACAGGAAAUGUUAUUGAAAUUUUCAGCCGAUACCAAAUUUUUUAUUUAUUUUCACAACAUAUUAAAAGCAGCCGCAGGCCAAAGUCUGCUUCAUUUACAGUCAUUUUCUGUUCAUUAAUGAGCUAUGUCCCAGAUAAAUGAAGUAAUGACUUUACAAAAUAAAUAAAUUAAGAUCAAACAGAUCACAUGAGCUGUUUGAUCAAAAGUAAAUAAAUGUGCCCUUGAACUGGGUAAUGAGCGACAAUAAAAUGCAUAUACUGAAUUCUGUGAGGUCACUUUUCACUUUUUUAAAAUACAUCCAGUUGGCUCACUUGUUGAGAGGAAAUCAAUGCCCCCUCAUACAUCUGUCUGUUGACUAAAGAGCCCAAACCACAGGAGACCAGCUCAGCUUUUAGCCUAGCUUAGCACACAGACAUGGAGCGAGCUAGCCUGGCUUCAUGGAGCUUUUGAUUGAAAUGCCAUCAGAAGCCCCUGACUUUCACACAGAAGCAUGCUUCAUUUUGUCUGUUUUGGCUCAUUAAAUCAAGGUCAUGUUAACACUUAGAGGUUGCUAGGCAACCAGUGAAAAAGUCCAGAGAGUAUCUGCCUCUGGCCAUGAAAUAGUCCAACAUAAAGGCACCUAUUAAAGCUUAAACCAGAGGCAGCAGUUUUGCUCUGGAGUUUCAGAGGGGAAUAAACAACAUAAAACGGGUUGAUUAUCUCUUUGUUACCUGAGCCCUUCUCCAAGAAAUCUAGUCAGCAGAUUUAUACAAAUUAAAAAUAUUACUAUUAAUACAUUGAUCAAAUUGAACAGGAGUUUGACAUUUACAUACCAUUUUUACAAUGUUUGACCUCAUGGGUUUUGUGUAGGGGUGCACCGAUCACAAUUUUCUGGCCGAUCACCGAUCUUCGAAAAGUUGACCGGCCAAUACCAAUUUUUUUUUAAUAACUGACAACAUACACCUUUGAUGCUCCAAUCCAAUUUCAAUGAAAAACAUUGAAUAAUACAAACUUUUAAUGUUUGUUUUAACUGCACAUAAAAUAAUAAUCCACUGGACAAACUAACAACACAAUUUAAACCAUCAGUAAACUGUCCUGAGUUUUAGGUUUCCUUGUAGUGAGUUCAACAUUGGUUGGUCAUACUCCGGAUGACUGUUGUGUGUGCCGCUGGCGCAGACGCACGCAUGUGUGCACACGUAACCUGUCAUUCUGGCAGAGCAAAAAGCUACAGUGGCUGACUUUCAGACCUUUGCUGAGGUAGAUAAGAUCGGUGGAUAAAAUCGGUUUCACAUGUAAGGAUCAGUCGAUCAACGAUCACCCAAAAUUGAGGAAAUCGGCGCAGAUCGAUCAGCCGGCCGAUUUAUCAAUGCAUGUUUAGUUUUGUGUCAAAACAUCAACAUCUUACAUUGAUUUUCAGUCAUAAAGUUGACUUUUCUGUGAUUUCUGUCCCUCUCAGUUUCUCCAGGAGUCAAAGUCUACAUUGACCCUUUUACCUACGAGGACCCCAACGACGCUGUCCACGAGUUUGCCAAAGAGAUCGACAUCUCCUGCGUAAAAAUAGAAGAAGUCAUCGGUGCAGGUAAACAGCGCCGUUGUUUUUGUCCAAGGGGACGGACAAAGAUUCAGGGCUGUUAAUCAUUUAUCAGAACAGGAGUGUGCCAUCAAGCCCCGAGGUCUGUUCUGUGAAAAAAUCCCUCUCUAGGAUCAGAGUGUGCAUGAGAGCUGCCGGUGGGAAGGAUUGAAGUGAAAAUCUUCUUGCAAGCUCUCCCCCCGAGUCUGUUUUUUUCUCUCUCUUUCUCUCUCUUUCUAUCCAGCAGCAUGUUGUGUCCUAACUUCACCUCAAAAUGACAGUGUGGUCCUGCUCGUCCAACCCUCCCUCUUUUUUCUCUCUUUUUCUCUCCCUUGACGACACUCAGGCACCACAUGCAGACCCCCCAAACUCCUUGCCCAUCCUCUGUCUCCUUACACUGCUCCCAGGUUGAACACUCAGUCAAUACCUGCCACUCCCUCUCUCCCCAACAUCUUUGACCUUUGACCUGCCCCUUCUCUUCUCGAGUCCUCUCCUACAGCCGAAGCCGACCCUUGACUCUUUAAAAAAAGCUCCUUCACUCCCAAAUCCAACCAGUAACGCUCCCUCUCCCUGCACUUUCCCUCCACCCCUCCUCCCACUCAAUCCCCUACUUCCCAUCACCUUCACCCCCUCUUACCCGUACCCCUCCCCCACAUUGUUCUCUCAAUCCAGGUGAGUUUGGCGAGGUGUGCCGCGGACGUCUCAAACAAGCCAGCCGCAGGGAGAUGGUCGUCGCGAUCAAGACGUUAAAAGCGGGCUACACAGAGCGGCAGAGGCGGGACUUCCUCGCAGAGGCCUCCAUCAUGGGCCAGUUCGACCACCCCAACGUGAUCAGGCUGGAGGGGGUCCUGACACGUAGCUGCCCCGUCCUCAUCAUCACAGAGUUCAUGGAGAACGGAGCGCUCGAUUCUUUCCUCAGGGUAAGCUUGACAAGAGGCGUGUGCUGCGACACCUCUGACAGAGAAGAUUACUUUCUGUUUGUAUCAAAGCAGAGACGAGACGAACACACACACGCACACACACACAGAGACAGUCAUUCACAACACCUCUGGGUUAUCGGAAUGUUUUACUCUCUGUAAAACACCCCGAGGCGCUCGCUUGCUGAGUGAUAGAGAUUAAAUGUGCAAUAUAACGCCUGCAGACAGGCAUAGUGUCUCUGCCUGACGUGACUGACUGAUGCUGACAGGCUUUGCAACACUCAAACUCCUGGUGGAAAACUGUCACCGAGUAGACCUUUGGAUACGUUUGCAGCUCUGUAUUAGAGAGUCUUUGUGUGAAUACUGCAGAAUACAUUACUGAUCAGGGUUUGUUACAGACCACCUCCACCUACACAGAAUCGCUGAACAAAGGCAGGAUGAGAAAUGAGGUGUCGCACAGUACAUUUCCAGCUGCGUGGGGCCAUUACAUGUCAUUUACAUCCAGUAAAUGUGUUUUCUUGCAUGACUGCACUGUGAAAAAGUCCACUUACUGUUACUGUGUGGCCUGAUGAGGUUACUGGAGGCGUCUGCUGGAUCGGUGUCCUUGUACUGGUUUUUAUGUUUGUGCGACAAACAGCUGAUUAUUUGGAUGUCGACAAAUUUUUGGUUUUAUCUUUAAGAGUAACAGACUUGUUUAAUCAGUCUUUAUUUUAGUCUGUUUGAUGCUCGAUAAGAAGUAACUAUUGCGCCGUUGACUGUAGAUCUUGGUUGCAUGAUGUGCCAACCUCAUGCUGUUCAUGUUUCCUGCCCUAACAGGCACAAAAAUGCCCAGUGCCAAUAAAAUACGCCUGAAGAUUUAACAGAACUAAUUUAAGUCUAAGUAAGUAAGUAAGUACUCCACAAACUCAGACACAUUUCAGCUAAUUUUGACUCGAGGUUUUUACUUCUUUCACUCUGGUUCCAGCAGAAAAGUCUUGGAUGACAUUUAAUGUUACUGAUAAUAUCCAGAGUGAUCUGUUAUGAACAUUUGCAGACUCCAGCUUCACAAUAUUGGCUUCUCCUUUUUUUGGCAAAUACAAAUAUUUUGAGUUGUCCUCUUAAAUUUGUAGACACUGUGAAGGACAUUUUCAUUUUGUAUAAUCAUAUAGACCAAUGACUCGUAACAAAGGCACAAACACAGAGCAAUGAAAGAGGAUGUAGUAGGUUUUUUUUAAAUAUUUUUAAAAACAAACAUUUGGUGAAAAUGUUGGAUGUCAGUUCCAUACAUGAGCAAAUUUUUUGAUAUUAAGUUUAAUAUGCGUUGAAGUAAUCCCCAAAUGGGACUACAGAUCGAUCUGAAUGACUUGUUCAAAAAGUCACACAAGAAUUCAGUGAGAUCAAUGAGAGAUUUUCGCUAAUCGUUACGUUACCUCACCAAUCUCCUUAAAAGAUCAAAAUUUUCAUUUUAUAAAAAAGAAAUGCAACUUUUUUGCAUGGCAACAGUGAAGGAGGCUUUCAGAAUGCAGGGUUCUGGAAUGUUGGGGGGGGGGGUCUUAAAGGGACAGCAGCUUACAUGAAGCCUCUCAGACUCGGAGGCUGACAUGAGGGUUUUCAAAGACAGCAGCUGGAAAUAUGUUAGUGUUUGUUGAACUGUAAAUCAUGUAAAGCUGCUAAGAAGCUUUUAGAGGGACAAUAUAAAGCCAAAAAUAAGCAUAAUACCCCCUCUUUAGUGAUAAUAUGAGGCACAAUGUCACUGGCUUAGUGGUUUAGAGGUCUGCCCCGUGCCCCCAAUAGCCAAGUUUUUCAUCCAACUAUAAUCCAGACCCUUUCCAACCAGUCCGGUAAAAGGUUAAAAAACUUAAUCUGUGAGAGUGUGCACAAGUCAGGAUGAACACAUGAGUCUUUCUGGAACUCAAGUACAGUACAUUACUGGGCCUGAAGGUUGUCUCAAGACUCAUGACCUGACUUGGACCUGAGCAGUGAUGUCUCACACUCGAGCAUUGACCUUAUUAGGAUGGUAGAAGAACUUGGACCCAUUUUUUCAACGCAGACUUUUUUGUUCGUUUUUUAAUGGCGGAUGGGUUGUGUGUAUUUCGGGGUCUAUUAAAUACCUGCAGUGAUCCCACCACAGCAGAAUCAAUGAGUGUGUUUCCAUAAUUAAAAGUGCGGAGGACACAUUUACCUCGACACACAGUUAUGUCACUUAAAUGAGCGUUUAUAUCUUCUGACACGCUGAGAUCCCACACAGUCAGUCCGUCAGUCAGUCCACACUCAUACAGUGAGCAUUUAGAGAUAAAACAGCAGCCCUCUGAGUUAUGAAGUAUAAUAAUGUAGACUUCGACUCAGGCAGUGGGGACUUUACAGAGACUCAAUUUAGGUUCUCCUGUAGCGGCUUUGGUUCCACUAAGACUUGAGGCGUUGGUAUCUCGACUACAGCGUGAACUAAUAAUAUUUGAAUAGUGGAAAUCGGUGCAUGUACUGAAUCUGCCUUUUCUGCUCACCUGUCUGUCCUCCCCGACUCGUUUACUGACACAGUGAAUACGUCCACUUAUAUGCAGUUUUGACAUGAAGGACAAAAAGUGACAUCACUUCUCAAGGUUCAAGUUUACUAUGAUCACAAAAGAAAUUUGGUUUGCAAACUUCUCUCAGGAUGAUAAAAAAGUUAAACCUUGUAUCACGCUCUACUUUGUUUGAGUCCUGGAGAUAAAUCGCACACACUACACGGUGUCUACCUCAGGGUCUGUUUUAUGUCAUGUUCUCGCUCCUGAGGACGCCCUGAAGGACGUGUGUAUAACAACUUUGGAAAAUUUUAGGGUAGACUGUCCUAAAAUUUUCUAGAAACUUACAAGUGUGUGAAAAGAGCCGUUUUUUAUUUUCUCCUUCUUAAUCUAAAUUGCUACCUCACUGAAAACCAUCCAACUGGCGAAAGUCUGAAUAGGUGCUCUGUUUUAACUGCCUCAGCCUGUCUUCUCUUGCUCCUUCCUCUGAAAACCACCCUUAGCUCCUCCUUCAGUGCUGAGUCUGAUCUUACCAGUGUCAUGUCAGUGUCACUUUGUUCUGUUCUGCAGUUAUUUUGCGGCUGAAACUCGGCCAGCUUUGGUUUUUCACAUGCGCACGAGGCAGUAGGGGAAGUAUGAUCUCCCCACUGUAGGUUCUGGCAUUUCACGUAAGCACAUGGAAGGGCAGAGAGCUCUCAGAAACAGAGCCACGUCGCCAAAUAUAACUGUCCCAUACAAGUAAUUAAUUCUUCUGGCAAAUGAAACGCUCAUUUUGGCACAAACACAUAUCUGUUAUGUGGCUAAUAGACCUCUAAAAUAAACCCGACUAACGAGAAAUCUACAUGCUUUUGGUGUUUGGUGGGUGUUACUUUCAGUGCUAUUCUAUUUAUUAAUCUGUUUUUCUUAUAUAACUUUUAAAAAAUAUUUUUCUAUUUAAAAUAUGAUUUUAAAAAUCUAAGCAGACCUAGAAUCCAGAAAUGUCAGUUCUUCACUUUGGACAGUGUGUUAAAGUUCUUUGUGUUCUUAACAUAAAUUAAUUUUACAGUAUAUGUGCCAAGACUAAAAAAACAAGUGCUCUACCAAACAUAUUUUAAUAUGUACCAUUGCACCGCUACUGAACAGUAAUAAAAAGGGGGUUUCAGUCAGUUCAGUUACAUUAGCAAAUUUAUAUCGUUCCAUAUUACCAACAAUUUGAUAUGAACAAUUGAAAUGUUCCUUAAAAUUAGUGUGUCUGAUCUGAGUUUGUUUAAAAGUUCAAGAUUCAGGGAUAAGAAAUAAUGAGGUUUCAUUUGUGGUUUUGGAAUAAAGUCAAAUUUAAACGUCUAAAAAUAUAUUCUAUAAAAUUCCCUGAUCUAAGCACAAAGAUAAAGGUAAAACUGUACACAUGUCAGUGACGGAUACCUCAUACACUGAUUCAAUUGAAGUGGUGGACAAUAAUAAUAAGCUCAAUGUUUUAAUGUAAUCUUACAAAAGGAUAGACAGUUGAGGUUUAAAUGGUUCCAGAUCACAGUCUGUGGUUCUUCUCGCUCUGCUGACUCACUUCAGGCAGGUAUUUUUUCUUAUUACGCUGAGAAGAAGGAGUUUUAUCUCUGUUGCUCAGUUAACAAAAAUUAUCUUUUUAGACUGGUAGCACUCAAAAACAAGAAGGAAGACUAAAUGAUGGAAAUAUUUGCUGUAUUUGUGAAUUAUUAGUAUUAACCCACAUAGAAUUAGCUUAGCUUGUGUCUUGAGCUUCUUUAGUGAUGUGUGUAGUGUUGGAUGAGACACCGAUGGAGAUGACGUGUUGUGUUUCUACGUACUUGUCGUGUGUUUUGAUGAUGCGUUUUAUUAACAAGUAAAUCGUCUCUCCUUUCUCUCACUUGCUCAGUACAACUCUGUUUACCUUGUGGUGCUGAGAGGAAAGUGGCUGUGUGGCAGAUAUUAGUACCUGCAUAUAAACUAUUUUUAAUGUAAUUUGAUGAGCGGGUCAGUUUUUCUGUCUUCUGAGUUUAACAUAACCAAGUAAGAGGAGCAGACGGUUAGCUGGUGGAAGCAGCUUAAAUGAGAGAUAUAAGGUGAUAAAGGUAAUGCAAAUGACUUUAUCAAACAUAUCCAAUCACUUUAAAUACAAAUUAAUUCACUAUUAUUUAAAUGAAUUGAUCUUUUGAUAAUUUAUGUGAGAUUGCUUUUGCGGCAGCUUCCUGUGAGACAUGUAUAUCAGCUGCAUUUUUAUGAGAAGUGAAUGUUUUCAUGUUCUGAGUUGCUGUUUAGAAAAUGUGAGCAGAUCCAAAUAGCUGCGAUUAGACUCAUUAUCAAUUAAUUUGACAAUUACUUUCUCAAAAAUCCCUUUAUCAUCUUGUUUGUGAGAUGUCAGAAAACAGCGAAGAGCCGCGGGUAGCGUCUUCUAAAAGCUCGCUUGUCCGACCAGCAGCUCGCUGUCGUAUAAGAGAGGCAGGAAAUUGUCACAUCUGAGGAGCUGAAAGCAGAAAAUAAUGAUGAUUUCUUCUUGAAACCCUGACCGAAACGAUGAAACAAUUAUCAGGUAAUUGCCAAUUAAUUCCGUCUCUUGGAUAGUGUAAUGGACAAUAUUUACUAUUUCCUGACAUUUGACAGACGGACAAUGAAAGCAUGGGCUGAUUAGUCAAUCAUUAGCUUCAUCUCAGAGUCCAGCCUGAGCCUCCUCGUCCUCCUUCUCGCCCUCCUCCUCUCACUCAGCUGUCCCGCAAUAACACAAAUGUUUCCGAAGCCUCCAUGGCCUGUGCUGUCCUCACUCCAGCCCCCCACCACCACCACCACCUCAGUGUCACUCGGCCGCCUGCCUGUGACUCAGAGGAACUCUGAGUAGUUUUCUCGAGAGGACACCCAGGAGUUAACAACGCACACACACAAACUGUCCAUAUACGACUUACACACACAUGCAUAUACUCUUGUGGAUGCAGAUUUACAAAAAUAGCACACACACAGACACACACACAUCUAUGCAUACACAACUCUGUGGCUUUGAGCGCCUGCUAUGAAUCAUGGCUGUUUACACAUCCAUCCAUCCCAGCGUGCUUUGCUGUCAGACUUCAGUGGAGUGUGCAGACUACAAAGCAGGAUGUUUAUGGUUUUGUCAUGUCACGUCUUGUGUUCUUUGCCGUCUCUUUUCGCAGUCAAAGAUGGGAUUGAUUAUGUUGAAAAUUGUUCCUUUUUUUCCCCUGUUGAAAUUCUACUUAAUAUUCAGGUCAGGAAAAAAAACUCACAGGGUUGUUGCAGCCUGAUCUAGGUUUGCAGAAAUUCUCUUUUUUGAUAUCAGGUAAUUGUGUAUCGACGUAGGAUUGAUUGGGCUCAACACACAUACUUGAGGUUUUUCACGAGGCCUCACAGGUUGGAGUCUUGUUUUAUAUCCAUCUCCAGUUCAUCUCACCACGUCGCGCUCCCUAAAUGUGGAGAAUUUUGAAUUAGACCCUGAAACCCCCGAUCUCAGAUUUUGUUUUUACGCUCUUCAAAUGUUAAUAAGAGAGGGCAAAAACUCUGCAAAUGAAGGACUCUUAAAAUGGGUGAAAUAAGCUUGGAGCAACAUGCAUUUUUAAUCCCGGGAAGGCUUUCUGCUUUGGUGUUCACAAAGCAAAGGGGGAAAAAAUGCAAACAAAGCUUGGUGUAGAAAUCCAGAAAAGGUCAUGUGAGACCGUGAAUAUUGAGUUCCAUCUUCAAACGUUCCUCUGAUGGAGAAACAUGCAUAUUUUCUCUUGAAUUUUGGGUUUGAAAAAGGAUAAAACUGGAUAAAACGUCAUUAAAAUGUUCACUUCCCUAUGAAUGAACCUGUUCUUUUGAAACCUGUUUGUAUCUGCUGCGUUUAAUCUGCUCUGUAGAUUCAGAUAUCAUUUUCAAAAAUGACAGGCUGUUGAAAACUGCAGCUUGUUUCGAAAAUGGGAGAAAUUCCUUCAGUUCAUCCCGGUUGUGAUUGUUGCAGCUGGCUUUGUUUUCAUGUUGGAGCUAAUAUUGAGUGUUAAUGGGUUUGGUCCGACAGUAAAGACUCUAAUUAAUCAGCUAAUUGGACAGCCAGCGUGAAAAGGUCAGCCGUCAGUGACUGUCAGGAGCAUGAUGACAGAUGUCAUGUUUAUGCGUCCUCAGUGACUGAUCGACUCUCUGGUAUUUCUCCUUAUCUCCUCUCUUUGCUCUUCUCCAUCGUCUCCUUCCCCGUAUUUCAACACAUCUUUUUUUCUCAUUUCUCAUUCCCCUGCUUCUCCUCGCCUUCUUCAUUAACCUCCUCUCCCGCUCUCUCUCCCAUCUCCCCUCCCCCCUCCUCGUACUCUAUCUCUGGCUCCUGUGUUUUUGUAGCUGAAUGACGGGCGCUUCACGAUGACACAGCUGGUCGGGAUGCUGCGUGGCAUCGCUGCUGGGAUGAAGUACCUGUCAGAUAUGAACUACGUCCAUCGAGACCUCGCUGCCCGGAACAUUCUAGUCAACAGUAACUUGGUGUGCAAGGUCUCAGACUUUGGCCUGUCUCGCUUUCUGGAUGACACGUCUGCUGACCCCACUUACACCAGCUCCCUGGUCAGUAUCCUGAGUGCAUGUGUGUUUAUAUACUGUCUGUCUGUGUAUGAGUAAACAUACAUAAUUGAGCGUAAUGAUUAGUUUCCCUUCACUUGUCUCACAUGUACAUAUGGAGGCAUGUGAGUCUGCUCAUGUAUGCCAAUAUUUGCGUUAGCGUGCGAAGCGGCCUGUGAAAUUUGCAUUAGCUUCUGCAUGUCUGUGUUUGCAGUCAUGGGACUGGAGUGUGACUUCAGCUGAUACCGACCCCCCUCUAUUUGUUUGUGUGUGUGUGUGUGUGUGCGAAUCAAUGUUGGUGAGCAGGGAGGAAAGAUUCCCAUCCGGUGGACAGCGCCUGAGGCCAUCGCCUUCAGAAAGUUUACCUCCGCCAGUGAUGUGUGGAGCUACGGCAUCGUCAUGUGGGAGGUGGUGUCCUAUGGAGAGAGGCCAUACUGGGACAUGAGCAACCAGGAUGUGAGUAAGCUUUUCAUGAUACCAAACAUCUCUGCAGGCUAAACAUCCCUUCAGUGAGCAUGAACCGGGGUUCAGGGCUGAAAUUUGACUGAAAACAGGAGAAAAUUGGGACAAACCAUCAAAGACCAAAUCUCAGCUGGUAUUCAAUCAGCUGUACGUCAUUUCUAAAAACUCUCUUUUGUUCUGUGAUUAUUUUAAACUCUUUAUUUUAGGGGUAAAGGAAGGUUGGAAACAAUUCUUCUGAUGAAAUCUCUCCAAAGUUACUCUUGAUAUGCCGUCUGUGCAAAGACAGAACUUUAACACGUUUUAUCUUUCAGACAAAAUCGAGCGUUAUCGCUCAGAGACAUCUUAAAAAAGCAAUUUUCAACAUUCAACAAAGAGUAAACUAUGCAUGCGCUGGUAUCUGCGCUGUGUGCCUCUGACUGUGGAGGCACUGAGAUGGCUGGAUGCUGACACAAGUGAUUAAUACCUGCUGGCACCAUCUGUAAGAAUAAAACACUUGUAAAUGGAUGAUGAACCUGCAGACAGAAGAUUCCCCAUUAAAACCUGGUCUAGACACAAACAUUUAAUCCCUGUCUACAAAAAGAUGUAGUACUUACUUACGGGGUUUUGUCUUAUUUGGCCUUUUCCGAGUUGAACUCCUGACUAUUUUCAGACAAAUUCAGGAUAUUCAAGUCCUGAAAUUUUCUGUAAUUACCUUUCACAAACAUCUCAUACAGCGGGAGAUCAUUUAUGCCAGCUUUUAUAUUUUAACAACUUGGUUUAGUUAAGGUGACUAUACUCUGACUUCCCAAAAAGAGGACACGACUACAUGGGGGCGGAGUCACAACGUUGCAUGAAGUUAAUUUUGAGAGUUUUUCAGGUCGGACCGAGUGUCUUUUACUGAGCUUCUAACUCAGUUAGUCCACAUGAUACAAACUCAAAACUUCCAUACGGACAUUUGAAGGACUUUAUAAACUUCCCUGGACAAACCCAGACAUCCCCCGAGAAAGAGGACAUGUCUUGGUAAAAGAGGACGAAUGGUCACCCUGGUUUAGUUAAAGUGAGGCAGGUUCAAGCAUGCAGAAGAUGAGGACUUGAUUAAAUUUGAUUUGCAGUACAAACGCAGUGGUUCAAAACCCGGACAACUGAGGCGAGCAGAAAAACGGGAAAUUCCACUCAAUGUAAAUGACGUCAUCUACCCACCCACUCACUUCAAACUAUUACCUUCUCCGUCAGCUCCCCCUCACCUCCUGCAGACUUUUUACCAAAAGGAGGGCAGGAACUAAAAAGACUGCAUAAAGUUUGGGUGAACCGAUUCAGACAUUUGUGUUUAAGCAGGAAGCCAACUCAGGUAAUAAAAUUUUCAAGAGUGCGGCUCGUGUGUGAAAGGCACUUCAGUUCAGGGCCGGCGCAGAGUUUUCUCUGAGCAGUUGUUGCUUUGAUUUCUUGUAUGACUUGUCAGCCCUGCGCUCUUUAUCUCCUCAUUGCAGAUGCUUUUGCAGCUGUGUUCAACCUUUCUACCGCCUUAUUUGCAGCUUUUCCUCCCUCUACAAAUCCAAACUGCAAAGCUAAACUCUUCACACCAACAAAGGAAUACUCCAAAGCUUUUUUAGUUUUUUUUAUUCAGGCGUUGUUACCUGUAGGCUAUCUGCACAGCACAGACAUCACAACUAUAGCGGUGAACGCACAGGAAAGAAACCUCCUGGUUCCUCCGCUCUGAACAAAAGCGCUGAAGGGAUGUGUGCGCCAUCGUUUUAUUCCCCAAGGAAUAUCUGCCCUGUAUUGUGCAUCAAAAAAGAAACUUGUAAAAGCUGAUAGCAAUAAAGCAAAAAAGAAGCCGAAAUGAAAAAAUGUCAGUAAUGUAUGUAUAACUUUCAUAACAAAACCCACAUGCAGUAAUGAAAGCUUCAAAGUCAAGGCCCUCUAUUGUUCCCAAUAGCCUUUUGUGCCACAGUCAUCGCUCAAUAAGCAACAGAGUCAACAAAUGCGAGAUAUAAACAGAGGUGCUCGCCCAGCUAGGAGCACGACAUAAAAAUCAAAGGACAAGCAGCAGGAGGAGAGGAGUGCAGCAGAAAUGUUUUAUUGUUCCCAAAUGGCAAUUUUUUAUUGUUGUGGGGAGUUUAAAACCCAUACAGAGCUUACAGAGGGGAAAGCAGUUGCUAGGCGAAAUCAAAUCAAUGAGCCAACGUUUUCAUCCUCCACUUAUUGUUUCUCCCAUCAAUCAUGCCACUUUUGAAGGAGCAACUUUGAGAAUCCUUGAGAAAAUUGUUUUUAUAGUUUUGUAAAGAUGCUGAAGAGAAGAUUGGAGUGUGUGACAGCGUGAGCCGAGGCACUUUACAAAGUAGGACAUAACAAACAGUGUGACUGAGGAUUAUUCUUUCACCGCGCUAACAAAGGCCAAACAGAGUGAGCAUAAUACAAAUGAGUCAGAGGCAAAUGUUAACACUCUGUUAAAGCACCACAUAAAACCUGCUCUAAUCCCUGUUCAGAUUCUGGGUUUGUAUCUUAAAUCGUAAGGAUGGAGCUCAUGCCAAGUAUUUCACUGCUGGUGUGGAUGUUAACUUCAGAUGGCUGCUUUUGUUCAGAGUAGAGGAAAUCUCAACAACAAGUCGAUGGAAUUUCAAGUCGGACGAGCUGGUUUGACAAAAGAUCAGAAAAAACGAGCACGAUUUGUUAAACAUGGAUAAACACUGCCCUCAACCACGCCAUGUGCAGCUUUUCUUUAGUAAUAUCUGAAACAUUCGCCGUUUUCUUCAAUCACGAAAUCAGCAAACUUUAAAGUCCCACUCUGAUUGUUUUUUUUUACGAAUCAAAGUGUUAUCAAUGGUUUUUAAAUUGUGAUUAUGAAGUUUUUAGUUAAAAUCACAUUACCUGUGUCGUUUGUAAGGGCUUUACUUCUGCUGAGCUCCAGUAGCUCAUUAGCAAUUCGCCUCUGAGUCGUGUGCGGAGACAGUGCUGCUCUGCACACUUCUCCUCACGUUAGCUUGCAGCCUAACAUUGCCAGUGUAGUAGAUGUAACAGGCAACAUAGGAGAUAUUCAUCUCUGUGACAGUAAUAUCUUUGUGGACACAAUGAAAGCUAAUGUCAUAAUUAACUUUCUUUCGAGCACUAACUAACUUUCAAUCCACUAAUGCAGACGCUUGUUCCGCGAUCGUCCUCCCUAUUUCUCCGAGCCUGGCCUGCAUAACAGGGAUCUGGGGGCGGAGCUUGGAUUGGUUACGUUGGAAAUCAAACUGUGUCUGAGCUUGCCGUUUGGGUCUGUCAGAGAUUCACAGCGAUUUCAGUGCAUAAAUACCUGGAUAUGCAAUUUUGCACUUUUUUUUUCAUGAUAUGUCCUCUAGUAUCAGAAAAAUAACAGAUGAACAUGUAGACAAAAAGAAAAACAUGAUGUUCAUCGCAGUGGGAUUUUAAAUUUGUUGUGCUUGCAAAGUGUAUCAUUCUUCCACAAACACAAAUCAACACGUAAAAUUUAAAAUACAAGAAAUAAUAUUCAAAAAUUAUCAUCAGUCAUCAGAUAAGAUAUGAAAAGUUGACAUGAAAAUCAUCAGUGGGGCCUUGAUUGGUGUUUUCAUGCUGUCAGUCAACAGUGUGUUGUUGUCCUUUAACUUUAACCAGUGCACACACAUUACAUAGUUCUUAAUUGUCUGUUGAAACAGUUUAGUUUUACAAAUCAACAUGUCAACAUGCUCUGGAGAGAGUCAAGGCCUCAGUCUAUUUACUGUGAGUCUAACCGCAGUGAAAACCCUCUCAUCCAGGCACAGAUGUUGCAGGCACACAUAGAUAGCGUUUGCAAGCUGGCACAGUUUUGGAAAACACUGCUGCUUCUCCCUGCUCCACUAUGAGAGACGCUCCUUUAACAGGUCCAUCAGACAGAGCUACCCUCCUCCCAGCUGAGAGCAGAGGUAGCAGCGUUACAGCAUAACACACUUAAAGUUUGGAGUCGACUUGUGAGGUUGGUGACAUUUAACCAUUUAGUGGUCACCUUGGGGCUGGGCGAUAAGCUGAUACCAUAAUUUACGACAACAACCAAAGUCAUUUUGCCCAUGUCAAUAUAUAUUCAGUGUCAAAAAUAAUAAAUAAAUAAAAAAGUUGGUUUUGGAUGUGUGUAGGUAGGCUAUGGUCUCAUGUCCCUUUAAGACGCUGUCCUACGUCAGAGACGUGACUCCACCCCAUCCAGUCCCUAACAGAGAGGGAAAGACGGGUGAGGAGAUGGAGGACAGUUCAAAAGUUGUAGCGGCUGGAAGUUGACAUAGGAGGGGGUGAGCCGCUUGUGGAGUAGUUAUCACCCAUUUAUUGUUAUCAAGGUGGACUGCUCAAUAUAUCGUGAUAUUGAUUUGAGGCCAUAUUGCCCAGCUCUAGAUCAUCUCCAGGUCAGAGAAAAAUAUCUUGAGUCAGAUUGGAUCACUUCUAGUAAAAUGAUCCUGUUACUUUCAUUACUUGGUGCUGAAAAGGACAGCGGAUAAAUUGCUUGUUAGAGAUGCAGUCUUCAUCCUGGGAACACACCACCUUUAUCCUCCAAACAGAAUCAACACAACAUUUAAUGCCCUCACACAAUCAUAAAUCUCAAAAACCAAAGCUUUGAACUUAUUCAUCCUAAAUUACUUCUCGGGACUGUCACGCUGAAGGUGGGCGCCCCAUCAGACUUUGAGAUUCACACAGGUCUGAAGUGUCUAAACACAGCAUGAAAGAGACUUUCUUGUCCCUAAGGUGAUGACAGCAGUGGAGCAGGACUACCGGCUUCCCCCGCCCAUGGACUGUCCCAUGGUGCUGCACCAGCUGAUGCUUGAAUGCUGGAUGAAGGAAAGAAACCUGAGGCCCAAGUUCUCCCGCAUCGUCAGCACCCUGGACAAGCUGCUCCGCAACGCCGCCAGCCUUAAGGUGGUGACCAGCUCCUACUCAGGGUGAGUCUGUAUGCGGUCUCCACACUUCCUGUUGUUUAAUUUAGAUGGAUUUGUGUCCAAAGUGAGGUGAUUGGGGUUUCAAACAGAGAGGAACUAUUAGAAAAGGUGUUAGAAGAGCACCAGCUUGAUAAGUUUGCAGAGAGAGAGAGAUAGAAACUUCUCAGACAAGCUUGCUGAUUUUACUUUUUAAAGAGCUGCGGCAAAAACCCUCACUGGGUUUAAAGGCGACGUUAAGAGGGACAAUUGUGAAAAAAAAACUUAGCACACAUAACAACCAGAGCUUAGAGUCAAAGCAGAAGCUCGUCGCAGAAAGGCUUUAAUAUUUCACCGCGAAUUUACAGGAACUUUCAUCAGAGGUGGGCUGUGUUUUUGUUGCAGUUUGGCUGCUACUGUAGCUGACCUUUGUUGAAAAUAUAUAUGCAUUAUUCUGCUGCAGGGCUCUCUAUAGAAGAGCCAAGUGCUUUUGAGGUUUUUCUACAAUAACAGCAGGAUAGUUUCAACACAAAAAAAAAGGAUGAUGCAAUUGCCUCCCUUUCACCUUGUGUGAGAUAGCCCUCUGUAUUGGAUAUGACGGCUGUGAGGUGCAGAAUGAAGACCCCGUGCAGUGCGGCGUUGAGUGGAGGAGUGUGUCUGGGUUUGUUAGAAGAAGAUGUCCAUGAAAAAAAACCUUAAAGAAGCACAACAGAAGCUCAUGCUUGUUGGGCUGUGUUUGUUUUAUGCUUUCGGUUGAUGGUGGAGGAUUUUUCUCUCAACUGAAAGAUUUUUUUGCUUGACAGACAUCUGCCUUUUUUUUCCCCUCAGAAGUGAAAAAGUUGACUUAUUCAUAGGUAGUCGUCCUCAAGCUGACGAUUGUUUUUUAACUUUGUUUUGAGAGCAGCGACUCCGAGUGUUUCAGCUACUUUCACUGACGUGUUUGUUCUGAGUUUUGUUCGCCUGGCACCCAGUCAACAGUCUGAUUAGUGCUGCUUUAGAUGCUGGAUCCUCAGCUCUGUAGUGAUGUAUAAUGAAUCAAGCGCACAUCCUCAUCUCUGCACGACGGCUUCCUGUUUCCGACAAAAGGCACAAAAGGCUGAAUUCAUACAUACAGUAUCCAGGUCUGGUGCCAGCUCCUUGGCCCAGAGUUUCAGUCUAACACAGAGCCCCAAGGGUGACUCCUAUGCCAGGAUCCUGGCUCAGUGAAGCUAAUUGUGUGUGGAAAUGUAAUGGCUGACCUCGGUUUAAUUCCCCCUAUACUUGGCUGGAUGCUGGAAUGUAGGUGAUAGGACAGACAGCAGCCAGAGCUGCUGAUGUGGAAAAGCAGGAGGUGAUGAAGUGUGAGUAAUAAGGGAGAUUGAGGAGACGCUAAAAGAGAGGAAUGUGUUUAAUUAGGUUGCUAAUGAGCUUUUUAAUGCAUCAGGGGAGGGUGCGCCCAAUGUUGGGAUGAGCCAAUAGGAAGAGAGUAUGAGUGUAUGUGUGUGUUUAUGAUGCAAAUAUAUGUGUGUGCGUGCAUGUUAAGCUACAUGUUGCAGCGUGGAGAUGACAUGCCAAUGAUUAAUUUACAGCCUCAUCUGUAUGCACCAGCAAGAGCGAUAGACUAUAGAGGAAGAGGAGGAGAGGGAAGGGAUGAUGUUGUCAGAGCAUGAUUCAGGGAGCGUCUCCUGUGUUGGUGUGUGCGUCUCCUGCUCACCUGCCAUUGGCUGCCGGCUGAUGCUGGGGCAGAUAACAAAAGGAGGGGGAGAGAGGAUAUGAGAUGCAGCGCUAUCUGUAGAGUAUCUUCAGCCACCCGGGCCUUAAAAACAAGGACACUGGCCGAGGAACAAAGGACACUCGCAGGCUGCCACGCCUCGCCCAAGAUAGCAGAGAAAUAUGUUGAACUUUUAUUAAAACUGCAGAUGUGAUGAAUAGAUUUGGCUCGGCAUUUGAGUUAGACUUUAUUUAUCGCAGAUGAUGCUCUCGAUCAGCAGAUUUUCACUCUCCCGUGUUUUAUUGUUUAUAUCCACAAGGUCUAAGGUGCAAAUACUCUGCAGAAUUUAGCUACACCAGCACAAAGAUGGAUAAGACCUUUAUCCACCUUCAAUGAGAGCACUUAGCAAAGUAAUAAUGAGCUGUAUCUUUUGUUUAAAGUGCCUGUGAACCUGCUGCUGACCUGUGCGGCUGCUUUGUGUUGGCAGGGAUCUGCUGCGGCUCGGGGGGACACUGCCGGGACAUAACAGGAAGAGUCCGGACAGCAGUCAGGAAAUCGUUCGGCAACAGAUGAGCCAAACCCUCCCCAUCCGAGUGUGAGCCGACGAUACAGAGCAGUUCAAAACUACCUGAAAAACUCUGACGCCAAGAGCCCGAUGUAACAUAAAAAGAAGAAGAAGAAGAAGAUUAAAGAAGGAGGAGAGAGAACGACGACCGUGUCGGAGAUUUCUUUCCAGCUGGAAAAAUUCAAUGUGCGUUAAAGAGACUUUUCAUUGCAGUGUGUGCGUUCAUUACUUGACACUUGUGGAUUUGUGACUAUUGACAUAAACCAAACUUCCUAUUGCCCCUUCUCAGGUUGUGUUUGCAUGUCUGCAUGUGUUUUCUGCUGGUUGGGAAUCAGACUUUUCUUCUCUCCGCCCUCAGAUUGAGGACUCAGUGCCAAGAUAGAGCAAACAUUUGCUUGAAAUGAACUUUUAAGACAACUCCAGACUUCCUGUACACUUUUAAUCCCAUCAGUCCUCUCCUUUUCUUUUUUUUUUUUGUUCCUUUGAACCCAACCAACUUUAUUAUUUUAUUUUCUUGUUUUCAGGAACAAGAAAAAAGACACACUUUUCAUCUGCUUCCUCUUAAAUACCGUCUUCCACAUGUACCGGGAGACAAACUUGUUACAAAAGUGUACAAAGCAUCCGAGUCUUCACGCCAUCUCUCUGUCAGAGCGGGGGUGGAACUGACACUGUGCGGGACACGUCAUGUGCAUGCCAAAGUGGAAACUUCUUCAUGAGAAAACUAGAAACGAGUUCCACGAUUGCUGUUUGCUUUGGUGGCAUUUUGCUGUACGGACUUUAACGUCCAGGUUUUCUUAACCUUGUUUGAUUCAUAUAUACAUUGUUUUUGAAUGCUAAGUUAUUAUCUAGUUAUUGCAAAGAGGUGUUUUUUUUCUGUGUGUGUUUUUUUACAAGCACCGGGGCUUAAACUUUUUUAUUACACUGCUUGUUUUUUCACACAUUGACGAACCAGACAGACAUGAAUGAGUGAGUUGAAGGAGGAAACGUUCUGCACAGACAGAAUGAGUUUGAGGAGACUUUUCGGAGAUCGCCGUUUCUUAAAAAUGUAAAGCGCCAGUGGUAGUGCUGUGGUGUGAACGUGUUGCCGAUCAUAGGGAAUUAAAAAGGUCACGAUCCAGAUCAUAACGUCUGCAACCUGAAUAUUGAGAUGACCUACAAACAUUGAUGUAGAACAAAUUCACUCAUUGGUUUAUUUCUCCUGACAUGUGUUUUCUUCAGCACGCCAGCUGUCAGAGCAGUUCCUAUCCAAAACAACUGCCUGUAAAUAAUACUAUAUUUCUAUUAGAGCAGUCGGCUCAGCAUUCACAACAAUCUGACCUGACUGUGGCCUCUCUAUGACCCUCGUUUAUAUGCUUGUUUGUUUAAUGUGGAGGAGCAAACACAUGGAGAAAUUCCAGUUUAUCGGUCAUUCCAUAUCUGAAAUUAUAUGUCACAAUGAAAGAAGAAAAUGUGUGUCUGUUAGGGCAGACUUCUUCCUGUGCAAUUAAAGGUGUAUUAGGUUGUAAAAAGAAAAAAAAAACGCCAGAAAACUAGAACAAAAAUAAGCAUUUCUCUUUCAGUAUUUUUACGAUAAUCAUAUGCAAAUAAAUUAUUAAACAUAUCUUCAGUAUUCUCUUUGAUUUCUCUCUGGGUUCACCAAGGCUGGAGCUCUAGGUUUUUCUCACCCAGCAGAGGGAUGGGAAGAGGGAAUAGUGAGUGGGUUUCACCUUAGAGUAUCGCAGCAGCUACAGAACGGACUCAUUAGGAUUUAAGGUUAAUCAAAGACCCGUCCACACGGCUCACCAAUUAGCGAGACCACAGGACUAUUCCUGGGGUUUUCGGUCUCUGCUGGAGAGGCUUCAAGGAGGCAAAAAUAAUCUGGCUUCACACCAAGAGCCGGUGUUGUUUGGCUUUAAUCUCCCAGCCAGGACACAAACUGGGUCUCUGUCCCUGACCGGAGCAGACGAGUGAAGCUGUCACCUUCUGUUUUUAUUGACACAGCGGAUGCUUGUAUAUUGGGGGCCUCUGGGGGGUUCAUACUCGCCCAUUUUUAGCCUUGCUGCUCGGAUAGCGGCGGUAUGAUCAACCACUGAAAGGAGCGUGUUCUUGUCUGAUCAUCUCUGCUGCUCUCACAGGAUGAGCAAACACACACCGGGUCAGUGCUGAGGCCUUCAGAAGCAGAUCCAAAUGUGCGUACACGCAGACGAUGUGAUGAUGUUAUUCCCCUCUGCAGCCCUGGAAGCAUGGCAUUUAUCUUCUGUGUCAAAGCUUUGUGGGUAGAUUGCAGAUAGAUGCUUUGUGACUGCUCUUCCUGUUAGUGGAGACAGGCGUGCUUGACCUUGGAGGAGAAUAUUUUGCAUGCAAGCCUGCUGAGAGGGAAGUCUUCCAGUCAAAAGCAGUAUUUUUUUGCCUCUAUCUUGAAGAGAUUCCAGUUUUUUAAUGAGCUCUGAAACUCAGGAGGAGCCUUUUUAAAAAACUGUUUGCCUGGUAUUUUUCUGGGAUCUGACACAAUGUCAGAAGGAAGAUUCUGUAUCCUGUUUACCAUUAAACAUUUGAUGUUUCCCAGCCUUUGCAGGCCACUCUUGCUUUGGCUCGCUGCUCAUCUAAGCAGAGCUUGUUGUCACAUUUUCACCCACUGCAACUUAAAGAUGAUGCAAAAUGGCAGCAAACCUACAGGAAAAUUUCUCAUUAUCGAGUUACAGACUAUUAAGUGAUGAGAAAUCAGCGGAGAGCGACAGUUCCUCUCCGGAUUUUUAAAAGGGUGCCUGGUGGGGGUGAAAGCUGAGGAGGUGAUGGCAGGAUGACAGACAGUUUUUAUUUCAUGGCUGCUGGUCGCCCAUCACUGACCAGACAGUCUGCGGUUCAGCAUCAAAUCCCUGUGAGUGAUCCCACGAUUACUGCAAGAUUAACUCCAGCUCGUCCAUUUCACCGGACAUACAUAAUCGCACAUUUAAACCAGCCAAGACAGGACACGAACAAAAAAGACGACACAUAAACUCGCUGCAAACACACACGUACAGAUGUGUGCACAGUUUUAGCCCCCUACUCAUGCACAGAUCUGGUGGAUUGGCAGUGAUUUGUCAGAUUUAGCUGCCUCUCCCUGUGUACCCCAUCCUGAAUGCACCAGUGUGUUCUCCUCCAAAGCUCAAGCUCUCAUUUGCCAUCCUGUCCAAAGCAAGUUUAAUGCCUCCAAUUACAGGGGGUCUGCAAGCAGGCAGAUUUGGAGCGAGGAGGCUUGGCAGGAGAGUUUGCUACGCAUCAGGGCCUUUUAACAGAGUAGUGAUUUGCUGCUGCUGAAGCUGCCUGCGCCGGCUCAUCAAUGGAAAACUACCCUCUUUAUGGUGAGACGCACGAAGCACUAAGCCCAAACUGUGAGGAGAGAAACACAAAGAAAUAUCAAGGCUUUUUAACAACGCAGUGCCCUCACCAUAGAGGAAUUUCUGCAUCUCUGCACCGCAAGCACAAAUGGAAAUCAAAGUCUUUUCAGCUGUAAUUUUCAUGCGAAGUGGGUUGUGUUUUAAUUGAAUCUUCUGAGAUACUGUGGAGCAGAACGUGACGGUGCAGCGCAUACUGAGAACAUGGCUGCAGAAACACAUCCUGUUUUACGGUGUCAGACAUUUGACAGUCAAAGAAAAACUUCCCAAAGUCCUAUACAGUCUAAAUCAGAUCUUUUUCUGACGGCCAGUGCAUCCCUAAAAAGGACUAAUCAUCUCCAAGUUUCGUUUGCAUAAAUCUCAGUGGAUCUUCUAUUUUUUUUUCAGUGGAAACAUGAAGAAAAAUGAGCCUCAUUUUCUCUGCUCCACAUGACACAGAAAUACAAAUUAGUGCAACUAAAAUAAACUUGAUUAAGUAAUCUAUUACUAACAUUUAUUUAUCUCAUUCACAGACACAAAUAAAUCAUAAAUUAAACAUUUGAAAGUGGUAUAAGAUUUGCUGCGAUUUUACAUUAAAUCUAUCACUCAGAUUAAACCCACCAUUUAUGGGACCUUUUUCUUUUUCUUAAUCCAAAUUAACGGAUUACAUUUUCCAUUUCUUGUCACCAGAUUAUUGUAAUCUUGUUAUAGAUAAUCCGUUACUCUCUACCCCUGCUCUUCAAGUAUUGUAUCUGAACGUGUCAGUGAAGCAGCUGGCACUGAACACUUACGUCAUCUCUGCUGCAGAAUCACGACUAAUAAACAAAAUAAAACAUCUCAUUAUAAAAAAACUCAAUUUUCCUCUCAAAUGAUUUGCUCACAUUUAAUCAAAAAGGCUCAACACGCAAACACACACAAACAAACAUGCACACAUACCCGUCUGUGUUGGUAAAUCACGGCUCUGAGAGAUGUCUUUGCCUCCCAGCGUCUUCCUCACGAAGGCCUUCGGCAGGUUAGAUAAGCAUGACGGUGCACUUUGUGCUUACGGAGACCUCUGCCUGGCUGUGGCUCUGUCUCUGAGUCUGCAGUGUGUGAUCCAUUAAAUGGCCUCUGAAGCCCCAGCCAUUGAUUGAAUGUGUGUCAAUACUCACAUAGGUCUGAAGGAUCCCUGCGUGGAUCAGAAGAGUGACUUUUGGUCGUUAGCUUAGCAUGAGAAAAAGAAAAAAAGGGGUAAAAUCCAGACUAUUUUUGUUCACUACCAUAGAAAAAGAGUCUAGAAAUGUUAAAGGGUAACUAUUUGCUCCUUAACAGGAGGUUAUGUGCCAGAUUAUAUCUUGGCUGGGACUAAAAACUUCCUGGAGUCUCAGUUAAUUGCCUGGCAGCAGGUCCAAGCCAAGAAACAGAGCUGAAGUGAAACCAAAACUUGCAACUUGCAGUGCUUUGUCCCUGGACAACUCUUCAUCUUAAACCCCUUCAAAAAAAAAAGAAAAGAAAUAAAAUCAUGACACACUCUCUCCGCACAGAGCCUGUCUAAGCACUGUGUCAAGUGGUCUGCUCCAUUUGUACUGAUAGGAACAGUAAUUUAUUCAAUUUUUUACAGGCCUUUGACAAACGCAAUUUCCCCAUGAGCUCUUCUCAACCCCA